UUGCUGCCGCGGGGACGCGCGAGCGAGGGGCGGGGCCUGCGAGGGAGGCCGGCAGUUUGAGUUGCGAGGCGAGGAGUCGCGGGCGGCGCGUGAGGCGAGCGGGGCGCCCGGAGGGGAGAAGGGAGGCAGCCCGACCGACCGCCGCCCAGGUAACUUUCCUCCCUUGUUUCUAUCCGGCGGCGCGUGCCCGAGAGUUCUCCGCCUCAGGCGGGACGCGAACCGGGGCGAGAGGGGGCCGGGGGGGGACGCCGGAGGCCGCUUGGCGCCCGCGCCGCCUCCCCUCCCCGCGGGGCGGGGUCGCCUCCGCUUCCUGGCGGGGGGGGGAGGCCCCUUGGACGCCCCCGAAGCAGCGGAGAAGUUUCUCCGCGAGAAGUUUCGGGCCGGCGCGUCUCGCCCCCUUGGCCUCGAGAAGGGGAACUUUCCCUGGCCUGUCCCGCCGGCAGCUCCGUGGGGCUCGGGCGCCUUGCCGCCUGCCUUGCCCGCCCUGAAAGCGCAGUCCGUGAGGGGAGGCAUCCGCGCGGCGGGUUUCCUGGCCGGGAGACUCGGGGGGAGAAGGGGCUGGCAGACGGGCGCCGGGGUUCCGGGACCCUCUUGCCUCUCUCGCGCAGGGAAAGGCUCGUCCUGGGCAGGAGGGCGACAGGGCGCCUCGCCCCCGGGCACGGGCCGGCUCCUUCAUGCCCCCGCUGUGCCGCACCUCUGGGAUCCGGGGCCCGGCUGCUUCGGUCCUGCUGCUGCUGCCGCCGCCGCCGCUGCCUUAGUGGGCUGAUGCCAUGAAAUUUAAGGGGCCGGAAGAUCUGCAGAUCUGUAAGCGGAUCAGGGCUUCAUUCCCAUAAGGGAAAUUCCACAUAGGAAACUGACACAUUGUUUCAGAACCACAUCCCCCUAGUCAUUGUAUUUCUGGCCCAUAGCUCACAAAAUAGGAAUAUGUUCCAAAAUAUAUUGAUUAUUUUAGGCUUUUGUAUGUUUUUCUUCCUUCCCCACACCCAUUUCUUUUGCACUUGGACAGCUUGUGGAGGACAGGGCUAAGAACUUGAUUACAGUAUGUAAAUGGUUAGCAUUCAACAUAAUUGUGUUUCUGAAUGGCUUUUUGAGCACCUUAACACACAGGCUGCUGUUAUAUGGAGGUCAUCUAUCAGAAUUAGAAAUGGAAAAAUAUGGGGCAGUUGAUUGUACAGAUCUUUCAUUCUCUUAUCUGCAUGACUGGUGCUUAAAAAUUAUGUGUUUGCUUCUAAAAAUUUGGAACUUUACUUCAGCCUGACAGCAUAUGGACAGUUUUACAGAAAUGUGAAGUUUCUUCUUUUAUCCCAAGUUGAUUAAGUGCCUUCUGUCACACUUGCUAAAGCUGUUGCUGUGCGGUUACGUCAAAUCUUUCCUCAGACAUGAAUCCACUGUGCGGCAAGUCACUAUCUGCCUCAGGCUCCCCAUUUUUAAUAUAGGCAUAGUGGUAGUAGUAGCCCAUUGUAACAAUGAGGGAAAUGCAAAUCACUUUGAGCAUGGGGGAAAAACAUUAAAUACUUUUUUAUUCCUUAAUCUUAUGAAUUAUUAGAACUGUGAAUGUGCUUAAUGAACGAUAUAUAUUGAAAGAGAGCAAUAUCUUCUGGCUUAUCAUCAGGUUUCCUUACCCCUCCUCUCCCCCCCCCCCCAGCAAGGUCUUCUGUUGUGCUUUCCAGGAUCAAGACUACCUUCCAAAGUAUGAAAUCCACAAGGUCAUGUACAUAAUCAUUGUUCUUGGCUUUUCAAGGCUAUGUUAACUACUUAUACAAAGUAAGAGUUUAGCUCUUUGCUUGAUAAGAGUUUUCCGGUAUUGAGAAUCCAUCCAGCUUUUGUUAGAUUCUUUUAAAGUCAUGGAGGCUGGUCCAUUGGGUCAAAUGGGAUGCUACCCAACCAACCUCAGUCUGCAGUCGGCCAGUUCUCACCUCCCUCCCUUCUUUCUUACAACCAGUUUAGAGAGUGGCAUUGGCUGUAAGCUUCCUUCUCCUUAGUCUUAGUCUCAGCCUUACCUUCACUGAAAUGAGGGGAGGUUCUGACUGUCAUUAGCUUUGACUUCACGUGCUGUUGGCCUUCCUCCCUACCAGUCCAAUGGGCACUAGUCCCCACUGUUUAAGAUUCCCUAGCCAAGAGAACAAAAAGUAUUGCAAUAAAGCAGGCUUCCUCAAACUCGGCCCUCCAGAUGUUUUUGGCCUACAGCUCCCAUGAUCCCUAGCUAGCAGGACCAGUGGUCAGGGAUGAUGGGAAUUGAAGUCUCAGAACAUCUGGAGGGCCGAGGUUGAGGAAGCCUGCAAUAAAGGAAAGCAGGAGCAAUGUGUCUUAUGUAGACUUGCAUACAGAAGCCAGGAAGGCCAAGUAGCUAGGGCCAUCAGCUCCUUAAAUCAGGCUGGGAAUACUAUACCAUUGGUUUCUGUUAUAUUAACAGAAUAUUAACAGAAAUAUUAAGCUGUGUAAACAGUCUUUGGUACCUUGGUGGAAACUCAGGCUGGGUGAUACCUGGUUUUCAACAUCGCGAUAUGUCACCAGGUAUAUCACAAACUAAACAUUGCAAUUUAGUGAUAUAUUGUGAUGUCUGAAACAUGGAACGGGUGGGGAGGGUGGAGAGUGGGCGAAGGAGCAGUCAUUGAAGAUUGCACAGGGUGUGUGUAUGGAGAUUGGACGAAGGAGCAGUCAAGGAAAUUAAUAGGUAUGUGCUGUGUGCACUGCAGAUUCCUUCUCUUGGAGGCAGACAAACCCUCACAUUUGGUGGGCGAACUCCUUCCACUCCUCUCUGGAAGUAGAAAGAGGAGGCGGCCCAGCCUUGAUUCCUACAUUGGGUAGAGACACCAUGGUUAUGGGGAGGCGCUGAGGCUGGGAGUGGGGCUCUUCUGCCAUAGGAAGGGAAAGUGAGCUGAAAGGACAGCCAGCCAGCCGCCUGCCAGAGAGCUCAUACUUAUAGCACCCCUUGGAGUUUUGAAGGCUGUGCUUUGCAAUAUACUGCCGGUUCCGUUUUUUUGAAGUGGUUCAUGUGAUGUGGUCUACAAGCUGGUGUUGGAUGAUCGAUACAUCGGUCAGAUCUAGCGGAAAGGUGAAAUAUAAAUGCAGGAAAUAAAUAAUUGGGGAAGAGCAAGAACUAGAGAUGACAGACGCUCUAGUAGAUAUACUCUUUCAUGUAGAUCCCUCUUUUUUUGCAGCAUGCUUUUAUCUCCUCACAGUUGUAGCAAUUUGAUUUUUGAGUGGUCUUACAGGAUUUUACUUAUACGUGGGAAAGUGUGUUUAAACCACAGAUUAAAAGUAAAUUCUGGUUAUAUAAACCAGGAGCUACUUUUAUUUAUUUAUUUUAAUCUAGAAGCUUUUCCUGUGCCCAUUUUACAAAUGAAAUGUGGAUUGAAGCAUGUGAGAGGCUGAAUUUUUUGCAUUGGUAGAUUUACUUUCCCAACAAUGCUAGAAUUUUUAAUAGUAAAAUAGCAGCUGAUAAGUUGUACAGAUCAGGAUACUUCCUGGCAAAAGUAUGAUCUCCAUUCUGUUUCAGGAAAACCUCAUUUGCUCUCUGAAACACAGAAAUACGUGAGAAAUUAUUUCUCUACCCAGUUGUUAUUUCCAUGAGUAGUCUGCUAUUGUAUGAAAAUCCAAAGAUAAAGAUAAUGUCAUUUACUGACUUCCCAACUAAACUUUUUAUCCUUAUUCAUAUGAGUUGUACCUGACUUUCAAUGGCAGAUAAAACACAUUUCUGAAAUAUUAGGUGCAUAAUAUUAAUCAGUCACAUGAUGAUAGAUUUUGUUUUGAAGCCUGCUCAUAUUUGAAGUGUCCUUUAAGUCUUAAGGACAUCUGCAACUAGAAAGUAAGUUUUGUUGGUUAGGUUAAUUUCAGAGUAGGGAGUUCAUAGCUCAAUAGUAAACUUGCACUGGCUUGAGCCCACAGCUUCACUUGUAUAUCUGGUACUGAAAUGUGUCUUGUUGGAUUGGGACAGUUAUACCCUGAUAAUCUUGGUCACCCUCCUCUAUACAGCUUGUCAAUAUUCUUCCACCAGAUUACCAUUAUGCCUGCUAUAUCUCUGCUCUUUAAAAUCAAAUACUUCAGCUCACCCAUAAAGUAACUCAGCUCAGUCCGGAGAGCCCAGUUAGGCUGCUUGAUGUUUGCCCGCUCCCUCCCUCCGCAGCCCAGAUGCCAGCCUGGGGAGCCUGAGACAAGAGUGGGGCUAACUUUGCCUGUCAGCCAGCACCUUCAUUUCUUUCUCUGGCCACACAAGUGCCAGCAGGCUGCCACCUUCCCUCCCUCCCUGUGCAAUUGCUGAGCAGAUUGAAACUGCCUCCCAUGCCUUGCGUAGUGCUCCAGAGAGUGGCUUCCAGUAGCUAUCGCUUGUGUGGUGAGAGGCUAUCUUUGAGGCUAGCCGCAGCUGGCGGCUCCAGGGAGGCCAUUGGAGCCCCGGGGCUCUACGUUUCUGUGCACGGUGCCAUGCCAUGUGGUGCCCCGGCUGAUGCACUCUGCCCGGGGCAGCGCUGCCUACCCAGCCUCGCCUGGAAGCGGCAGAAGCUGCGCACAAUUAUGCUGAUCAUCUGCAUGGCCAACAACUGCCUUCUUCCCACCUUCUUUCCUCCUUUAUAAGGAUAUCACAAGGUUUAAAAAGGUAAAGGUACCCCUGCCCGUACGGGCCAGUCUUUGCCAGACUCUAGGGUUGUGCGCUCAUCUCACUGUAUAGGCCGGGAGCCAGCGCUGUCCGCAGACACUUCCGGGUCAUGUGGCCAGCGUGACAAGCUGCAUCUGGCGAGCCAGCACAGCACACGGAAUGCCGUUUACCUUCCCACUGGUAAGCGGUCCCUAUUUAUCUACUUGCACCCGGGGGUGCUUUCGAACUGCUAGGUUGGCAGGCGCUGGGACCAAACGACGGGAGCGCACCCCGCCGCGGGGAUUCGAACCGCCGACCAUGCGAUCGGCAAGUCCUAGGUGCUGAGGUUUUACCCACAGCGCCACCCACGUCCCAUAUCACAAGGUUUAGCUGGCUAUAUAUUAACAAUGUUGGAAAGCAGAUAUCAGCCAUCCCUAGUCAAAAGUCGCCCAACAUACUGAAUCCACCCCAAUCUAGAGGAUUUAUUGCAGUCCCCUCCAUCUUUUGUAACAUACUGCUUUUAUAGUUGCAGUGUCCACUCUUAAUAUCAUACAAGUAAUUUGGAAUAAUGAUGUAAAAGUUAAACCUCACAUACAGUGGUGCCUCGCAAGACGAAAUUAAUUCGUUCCGCGAGUUUUUUCGUCUUGUGGUUUUUUUCGUCUUGCGAAGCACGGUGUCGGAAAAGUUUUGGAAAAGCUUCAAAAAUCACCAAAGUCUUCAAAAAUCACCAAAGCUUCAAAAAUCACCAAAGUCUUCAAAAACCUCAAAAAAGGCUACCACACAAAAGUCAAGUAGCAACUGUAUUAACGGUUUUAAGAAAAAGGAAACAAACUUGCAAGACGUUUCCGUCUUGCGAAGCAAGCCCAUAGGGAAAAUCGUCUUGCGAAGCAACUCAAAAAACCAAAAACCCUUUCGUUUUGCAAGUUUUCCGUCUUGCGAGGCAUUCGUCUUGCGAGGUACCACUGUAUAUCCUUUGUUUUUACUCUGUUGUGAACAUCUCAUGUAGCUUCUCUCUUUUUUACAGUGGUACUUCGGGUUAAGAACUUAAUUUGUUCUGGAGGUCCGUUCUUAACCUGAAACUGUUCUUAACCUGAGGUACCACUUUAGCUAAUGGGGCCUGCCGCUCCGCUGCUGCCACACAAUUUCUAUUCUCAUCCUGAAGCAAAGUUCUUAACCCGAGGUACUAUUUCUGGGUUAGCGGAGUCUGUAACCUGAAGCAUCUGUAACCCGAGAUACCAUUGUAUUUUCUUUAUAGCUGGCUGAUGUGUUGUUGUCUGAAACUAAGAGCGAUAGGAGGAGGUAAUAAUGAUAACUUAAAAGCUUUCACGAUUGCAAAAUGAAAAGGAAUUGUCUACAUCAUGGGUAGGCAAACUAAGGCCCAGGGGACAGAUCUGGCCCAAUCACCUUCUAAAUCCGGCCUGCGGAUGGUCCAGAAAUCAGUGUGUUUUUACAUGUGUAGAAUGUGUCAUUUUAUUUAAAAUGCAUCUCUGGGUUAUUUGUGGGGCAUAGGAAUUUGUUCAUUUUCCCCAAAAUAUAUAGUCCGCUCCCCCCCCCAAGGUCUGAGGGACACCUGCUGAAAAAGUUUGCUGACCCCUGGUCUACAUUAUUUAACUAUAACUACCAAUGAAAUGGGAAACAUAGUUGUGUAGAAUAUGAUAGAGGAACAGCUAGCUGUGGUUUCUUUAUUGGGUUUUGUAUCAGUUAUAACAAACAUGGAGGGAAAUGCUCACCAAUGUCAAUUUGUGCAAAACACUGUUGCCUUAGUGCUGAUUAUGCAGGUCAACACUACAGUAACCUAAUCCAGUGAAAUUAGCAAAGAAAUGACAGACUUCCUUAAAACCAGAUUCUAACAAAAAUGUGGAUGGAAAACCUUUCAUAACAAAGAAUGGUUUGGCAUUCAGGAUGAAGUAAGUUGUUGCUAAUUAAAAGGUUAGUACAUAUUCUUAUAGAUGGUAAAUCACAGUGUACAUUGAAAAGUCAUACAUCGUACCAGUGACACAGUAGUGUCUAUGCAAUAUUAAGGCACUAAUGGGAAGAAAUAGUCAUUUUCUUUUUGCUUAAUACAUAUUCAGCAAUAUCUUACAAGCUAAGAAAAUAUUUUUAAAGGAUAUGACUGUAUGUGUUUUGUAAGGUAUUAUCCGCCACUCUUAGAUACAGUAGGGAAAUGGAAUAUUUAUAUACAGAGAUGGGAAACAUCAUCUGAUCCUGCCACAGUGACCCAUACCUUAGUUACCUGGUAUUUGGACGGCUUAGUGUACUCUAUGUGAAAAGUUCAGAGACUUCAGCUGGCUUACAGAGCUGCAGCCACUGUUGACAAGGGCUGAUUCUAUGGAGUAGAGGUCUCUUGCUACAGCAGCUCCACUGGUCUGUUUCCAGGCACAAUUCAAACUGCUGAUUAUGACCUAUACAGCUUAGGCCCAGGGUAUCUGAAGGACUCUGUGCUUCCCUAUGAAUUCGCCCAGGCUCUGAGAUCUUUGGGGAACCACCUCUCAGUCCUGCCAUUUUCACAGGCACGCUUGGUUUAGAUGUGGGGAGUGCAUUCUUGGUGGCUGCUCGCAAACACUGGAACUCCCUUCCUAAAGUAGCUAGAUUGACUCCCUCCUUGAAGUGAGCUUUCCUAUCAGCAAGCCUUUAAUGUAAAAUGCAAGUAAAAUCCUACCUUCAAAACCAUCAGAACAGAUUGCAGGAAACAUAAAGCAUUACAUUUUCUGUACUUCAUCUACAUGUGUAGCUUUACAAAUAAUAAAUACUAUUUGUGCCUGUUUUUAUGGUGUGAUGGCCAGAAUUUUAUAAAUACUGCGUCUGUGUAUCUUUUAAGCUUUGAGUGUUUUUCCUACUAUGAGGACUUAAGGUGCACCACCAUAUGGAAUGUUGUUCUCUAGCAUUUAAAGUACCUGUUCUUACCCUUAGAUACUGUUGGUUACAGUUGCCAUGCAAAAUGUUCUGCAACAGCUUAAGUGGUUUAAGGUGAAAAUGCCAAACAAUUAGAUGCAGACUCUCCACCCUUAAAUGAUCUUUAGUUAAGGUAAGUUUGUACUGCAUCCAUGUCAGUGUGGUUGGGUUUGUUCUGUUUUAUAUAACACCAGACAUAAUUUGAUCAUUUCUCUGGUGCUGUUUUCAUCAAAGACAUGGAUGCUUAGUUGUCUUUCUUAUUAGUGUUGGUAUUUGCAUGGCAGUGAAUCAAAUAAUAUAUUGCAAAAUGCAGUUGAUGGUGUAAUUGUGAAACAGCAAGAUUUAUGUAUUUAUUCCCUCUUAAUUUUGCAAUAUGGUAGUGCUGCAUUUUUCUUUGUGUUUUAUAAGAUGGGUUUUGCUGGCUUUCGUUGAUUAAAAUGAUACAAAUGUCAUUGCAGAAUAACAGGUAUGACAAGAAUUGAUGCUAAUUAGACUAACUAGGGAAACACUGUAGUGAAGUGUGUUUCUGCAGAUAAACAGAAAAAGAUCUAUGGUCAGAAUAUCCUGUAUUUUAUGUGCUGGUUGUACAUUGAAACAGUGUAGGUCUGUUGCUGAAUAACUACCAUCACAUCUCUUUCUCAGAUACUUUAGCCAGUAUAGAAAUGUACAGCCAUGAUAAAGCAUUGAGAUGUUAAUAUUACAACAACAAAUAAAAAAAAGAAAAAUGCAAUGUAGCUUCAUUUUAAAAUAAGGGAACAAUGUGUUACAUUGAAAAUCAGAAAACUAAUUUCAAUGCUAUCUUUCUCUGCCUUAAAUUCUGCAGUGGGCAUCUUUACAGAUAUCAUGUCUACGUGUAAAGUAUAUGAUACAUAGAUACAUAAUAAGGCAUUCAACAAAAAUAUGUUGAGUACUGCAAGAAGUACAUAUAAUUCAUGUUAUGAAGUUAUAUUCUUCCCACUAUGGGAUAGUUGAAUUGGGGUAUUAUAAUUUCACCAAUAUGUCACUGGUAUGUUGCAAUUUGCCUUUUUAUUUAGAUUAAAUUGCUAGCACAAAGGGGGGGGAAACUAUUAGAAAAUAAAACAGUGGAGCUGAUGGUAGGGGAGCAGAGGCAGCACAAAAUCGAAUGGCUGAGUCAUGGAUGAAUGAUUUAUUGUGCUACUGUAAUGAUUAGAAAUAAGUAUUGACAGAUAAGCAGCAGCCUGCACUUCUCAAAGUUACAUAACAGUUGUAUUUUUAGGCAUUCAAAUUAGAAAUAGUGUACAUGAUGAAGUUCUAUGUGAUGUGAUUAAAUGCAACUUUUUCAUGGUGGUAGGGUAAUAGCAUUAUUUUUAACGAAAGCUAAUAUCAAAUUUUUCAAUGUCAGUAUCUUAAAACAAGGUCCAAAACUGCAGUUGGGGAAUACCUUGGUUAGACUUGCAUUGAAGGGAGCUGGACAAGAUAAAAUUUGGUAGAGCCUUCCAACUCUACAAUUCUAUUUUUCUAUGACUGAUCAAAAUGUCUCCAAAUAGUGGCAAGCUUUCAAGUUCUUCAGAACAUUACAUUAGGGCUGGGCGAUAUAUAGUCCAAAACUACUUUGAAGUUCAUUUUGUGAUAUCACUUUCAUAUUUUUUUACCUGGCAAUAUAUUGCAAAUCAUGGUUGGGUGUGCGCACUAUGCAAAAAGCACAACGUGGGAAAAACUGCGAAGCCAGCCAAUGCCUCUACAUAGCUCCAUCCUUAUUCCAGCCAUUGUGAUAUAUCAGUAUAUUGUUCAACUGAUCAAACCCCUACUGGCAAAUCUGCUGGGAAAAUCUGAAGCCUCCCAUAUUAAAUAUCUUUUGGAUGACAGGUCUAGUGAUAUUACACUGGCCGUGGCAAAGUUUCUUUCGGAAGUCAAAAGAAACAAACAUCAUCAAGCUUGAGACAAAACAAAAUGACCACCUCGGUUUCUCUCUCUGUAUUAACUGUAUUUUGUUCUGAAAUUGUACUAUGCGUCUUUGGACUGCAAUAAAGAGUUUUUUAAAAGAAUAUUGUGAUGUUUAGCCCACCACAAGAUCUGAGGGGCAGUGAACCGGUCCUCUCCUAAAAAAGUCUGCUGACCCCUAGACUAGAGGACCCUUAGGGUCGCUUACAACUCUACAAUUCUAUUAUUCUACGCUGCACAACAUAGUAAGAGCCUGCUGGAUCAGGCCAAUCACCCAUCUAGUGAAGCAUCCUCAGUGGGAACCCCACAAGCAGGAUUCAAGCACUCUCCCCUCCAGUGGUUUCCACUCUGAGUUUGUGUGGUGCCCCGCAAGACGAAUGCCUCGCAAGACAAAAAACUCGCUAGACGAAAGGGUUUUGCAUUUUUUGAGUCGUUCCACAAGACGAAUUUCCCUAUGGGCUUGCUUCGCAAGACGAAACGUCUUGCAAGUUCUUGCGAGUUUGUUUCCUUUUUCUUAAAGCCGCUAAGCCGUUAAUAGCCGCUACGCCGCUAAUAGCCGUGCUUCGCAAGACAAAAAAAGCAAGACGAAGAGACUCGCGGAACGGAUUAAUUUCGUCUUGCGAGGCACCACUGUACAGUGGUACCUCAGGUUACGAACACCUCGGGUUACAGAAUCCGCUAACCCAGAAGUAGUACCUUGGGUUAAGAACUUUGCCCCAGGAUGAGAACAGAAAUCGCGUGGUGGCGGCAGCGGGAGACCCCAUUAGCUAAAGUUGGUACCUCAGGUUAAGAACGGUUUCAGGUUAAGAACGGACCUCCGUAAUGAAUUAAGUUCGUAACCGGAGGUGCCACUGUAAAUACAAGGCUGUUUUCCUGUUUUCAUGUUAACAGUAUAACAUGGCUUAGCAUUGCCUGUGAACGUAUCCCUUUAUGUUGCUAGUCCUACACUCUGUCCUUUAUUGCCUUUAGAGAAUAAUUUGGUCUUUGACUGGCCUGGGAUAUCACUGAUGCAUGUACGCAUGCUGUGUUCUUGGAAGUAAAGAACCUACAUUUGCAAUACCUGAAAUACUGGCUUCUGCUUGUCUACAGGCAUGUGAACUCUUGUACUGAGGUACCCAAAUUUGGUACCUUGGGGGGGGGGGUUUAGCAUGCGAGAUAUGGCAGUAAUUUAAAUUUGUGCGGAAUGAGAGAGUAUUGGACAGUUUAUGAGAUGUGAUAAAAGAUUGCAUAAUAUUUUAAAGAAAUAAAUAGACUGACUAACUUGAUACUGUUUUGCCCAUUGUUGACCUAAUUAGCUUACAUUGGGUCAUUGGUGAUGUUGUUACCUGAAGGCUUUAUCUAAAAACAUUUGAUCAUCCUUCCCCCCCCCUUUUUUCUUUUUCAAAAUCAAUCAAUAUUGCAUAGUGCUCUGUCUCUCCAGCCUAUAAAAUAGGCCUUAAGUAUCUAUUUAUAUGUUCAGAUCAGUGAUUGUGCACAGUGUCAGGACCAAUGAACUGUGAAAUCAAUUAUUAAAUCUUAUUGACACUGCCUGGAAGCUGUUUUGUUGAGAGCAUUAGAAAUAUUAAGUAAAUAAAACUUCAGUCAUGCUUUUAAUAUUAAGGUUAAUAAACUACCAUUGAAGGAGUGGCAAUACGGUAGAACCUCUACUUAUGUCCCGUUCUACUUAGGCUCGUUCCAGUCGCGUCCGCAGCAAACCAGGAAGUAAACACCAGGUUUGCCACGAUACACACAGAAGCGGCUGCCACGGUCUGCACAUGCGCAGAAGCGGGCUGCCUCCAAAUGCGCCUGUGCACAACAGCGCUUCUACCAGCGACCCGUUCCACUGUGUAUUGUUUUAGAAUACUUGUGCUGAGGCAUCAUUCGCUUUCUUCUAUCAUUCAUUUCUAAUGAAGUGGACUGUGGUACACAAAAGCUUAUGCCAUAAUAAAUUUGUUAGUAUUUCAGAUGCCACUAGACUCUAUUUUUGAUGCAACAGAUUAAUAUGGUUACGCCUGUGUAAUUUCUAUCUCAUUUAAACCUCUACUGCCUUAUGGAAUACCUUUGGGAGAAGAAAAUGAUAAAGAGUAAACCCUGAACAAAUCCAGAGUGGAGUUCCUAAGGCAGUUGGAUAGCACCAUGUAUGCUUCCUUCCUGCAACUCCUGCAGCCAAGCUGGUGCCCAACAUCUUGCUCUGCUUCCUUUUGGACCCCAUCAGUGAGGCUGAGAGGGGAGUCUUGUCGUCUGGGCAGCCCAGGACCUCCAGACACACUGCCCAGGUUUGCAUCCUGGAGAGGUUACCUUGGUGCUGCUAAUGCAGCAGUUUGAUUUCUCUCCUGGACACUCACUCCACAGUCUCUCAAGACAGAUGGAUGCUAACCAACCAAAGCCCUCAUUUUGCAAAAAUGGUUUCUUUUGUGUACUAAACAUUUGUGUGUUGUUGGCGUCCGUCUGUCUCUCACUACUUCACCAUUGAAUUGUAUAGCAAAGGCAGUGGUGAGCCCCCAUUAAAGGAUGCAAAUAUAAAUCACCCAAAUAGAAUGUGAUCUGCAAAGCUUUAUAUAGUAUCAUUUAAGAUUAAGGAUUUGUCUUGAAGAUUUCAGCUGAGGAAAUGACACUUAUAUAAGAAUCUGAUCCACUGAAAGGAAAAACUAUUAAUUUGUUCAUGGUUUGUAGGAUUUGGUGAUUUGAGUUCUGCACUCUGACGUGAGAUUAAAUGGUUAUAAAAGCUUGAGCAGAACAUGAUUUCUGUGUCAUUGCAGGUAGUAAGGAUAGAUGUGGCAUAUAGAUUAGAGAGCUAAUCCCACACAAUUUAAAUUAUUUAAAUGUUUCAUGGUUUUUAAUAGGUGCACCUCAAUAUUAUUUUUUUCCAUCUUAGUCUUGAUGGCAAACAAUUCACUGUAAUUUUUGUACUUGGCUUCCCAAGGACACAUAUGGGAGAAUGAAUACCAAAACAUUAUUUUUUGUGGAAACUAAUACAUGCAAAAUUCCUUUUAUUAUAAUAUUCUGGUCAUCUAUAUCCGCUGCACCAUUCCACAGUCAUGCUGUUGUUCCUCCACUAUUGACCAUCUCAUGAUCAGGCAACUGUUCUGUCCUGUCUCAUAUGCAUAUUGUUGCUAAUUGUGUGUGCCAUUGUUUUCUGGAAGUGUGGGUAUGUGUUGAAAAAGUAAUUUGUGCUCAGUGUACAAUAAGCACUUCCUUCCUCAGUUAUUUGAAUUAUUGACAUCUUAUGCAGCAGCCUUCAGGAUUCCAGAAGGGUGUAUGAGUGAACAGCUUGUGUUGCUGUCUUUCAACCAAUAUUCUACACAAGACAAAUGCAAGAGAGCCACUCCCCUCUGCUGCAUUUUCCUUUCAGAGCUUUACAAGCACCUCGCCAAAGCAUUUUACCACUGCACUUGAGAGCCCCCCUUCCACUACUUAAAAAUUUAUCCAGAAUAGUUGGGAAUGCAAAAAUAGUUAAGCACACUUACUUGGUAAUGUGAUUCCAGUAAAAAACUUUCCAAGUCCCUGAAUUACUCAGGCUUUCUUAUACAACUGUGAAAAAUUGUUUGCGUGCUCAAAGGUGUUGUAGCUCGCCUUACUUUGUGUGCAAACAGGAAGAUAAAGUGAAGGAAAACUCUUACCUAUAUUCAGUGCUGGUCUGUGAGUAGACGCUCAUUCCUCUGAGGCGGAGCAAUAGGUUAUUUUUCAGAAGUCCUUUCUGUGUUCUGCUUGAGGCCCAAGUACAUCACUAAUGUAAGAUGCUUCGUAGAUGCUGGAAGGUGUACAGGGCAAACAGUGUAUGUUUUUAUUAUAAUUAUGGGACUAAUAGAAAUAUAGAUUUGGCCUACUAAAAUAUUCCAUAGCUGCGUUGCAGGUCCAGCCUAUGGGAGACACUUGUGGUCAAAGUAGAUGUGACAAUGGUUGGCACACAUUUCUUUUUGCGUUUCUGUUUCAUUCACAAAUAAAGUGGCAGAUCUUACUUGAACAGAAAAAAAUAGCAUGUGCAAGAAGGAGGAUUUUUCCCGUCAGUCAUUUGCUCAAACAUGAAUUCUUUAUUCCCUAAGUGGUGGGAGCAAAGAGAUGACGUGUAGAAGGAGGGAAAGUUCAGUGUCUCUCUCCCUAUUGUUUAUUUUAUUAACCACAAGAAACUUUAUAUGUUUAUGGAGAGAAUACAUGAAUGACAACUGUACCAUAUCAGGUUUAGUCUUAAGCAAUUAGUAAAAUAUGAGUUAGAACUCUACUCAGAUACUAAAGCUUCUACAAAACAUGGAGUUCAUUCCAGUUUCCUUGACUCAUAAAAUAAUGCUUGGUGCUCACUGUUGUGCUUUGCCAUUACAUUUUGUUGUGUUAAAAAAAGUUUUAAGCAUGGUUUUAUUAUUCAAAUAUUCCAAGUCAGGAAGCACAAGACAGUUCAGAUAUGACUUUAUUCUUGUGAAUAUUUUCUUUUUCAUAAUCGGCUUUUUAAAUUAUUUAUUGUGCUCCUAGCUGACAACCAAUGCUUUCAUUUGUUAAUGUUUUAUUUCAUUUCAUCAAUGUGAAUUGUAGGGCUAAUUUAGAAGUGCUUUAUAAUUCCACAGAUAUAAUAGAAAAUACGUUCUUUAAAAGCGUUCUAAAUGCAUUUCUUAGAGCAACUGUAAUAAAUGUAGGGGUUGCUCGUGCGUAAGUUGGUGCCACUCCUGGCUAGGUUGCCUUGUUAAACCUUUUCUGUCUGGACAGCCCCUGCACUUCGUGGCUGUUCAGUCGCUAGCAGAAUCCGUCAGUGGGUGUUUCUUAAACCUUUUCCAGCAUAAAAGUUGUUUGACUCCAAGUCUCCUCCUACUCUCCCUGCGCGGAAGCCUUCUGCGCAGGGAGGGCGUGGGUAGUGGAGGACCCGUGCUCUCCUCGCUGAUCUCUGGCGAGGAGUCCUGGAGCCCCCUCGCCGAUUCCCCCAUCUGCCCCCCUUUAUCCCUGGUGUCACGCUGAUUUCUUUCCCCAGCUGGUGAACCGCCUCUCCCCCUGCUGGGCCCCUCUCCAGCAUCGCUCGAGAGCCUAGCCUCCGCCUCUGGCUCCGAUGUCAGUUCCCUGACAUCCACCUCCCCCCCAGGACCCCCUUCACCCCUGGCCCGACCUUUUGAUCCAACCUUGUCCCUUUCCUCGGCCAACGAUGUGGGGAAUCCCCGGAAGGAGCUGUCGCCAUCCUCUGAGGACUCAAAACCCGCUUCCCACCCGCUCCGAUCUCUCCCCGCGGGGUGGGCCUCCCAGUCUGAUUCUUCUUCCUCCGAAGCCUCUCCUCCCUCCUCUUCAGAGGCAGAAAAACCCACAAAAUCCUCUUCAUCGUCUGUGGUUCCAAAUUGCUCCUCCCAGAAUCUCGCUAGUGGCUUGGGUUUGUCCGGGAACAGGCUGUGGAAUUCCUCCACAAGAUACCCAUCAUUGAUUGCCUCCGCGGGAACCCAAGUGUUUUCCGACCCGGGUUCUCCCUCCCAAGCUACCAGGUACUCCACCUGACGCCCUCGCCACCUUGAAUCGAGUAUUUCCGUGGCCCGGUUGUGGUGUUACCUCUCCUCUAUCUGCUGGUGUGUGGUGACUUCGCCUUCCCGCCCCGGGACUCCUCGCCCCUCCCUGUACGGUGAGAGUAGGUGUACGGUGACCUAUGGAACACCGGGUGUAUCUUCAUGCUGUCCAGCAACCUGAGCUUGAAUGCCACGGGGUUCACCUGCUGUGUUACCUCAAAUGGCCCCAGCCGCCUUGGCUGCAACUUCUUGCACCCCCCCUUAAAGGGUAACCCUUGGGUUGACAACCACACCCAGUCCCCCACCCGUAUGGUCUCCCCUUCCCUACGGUGCUUGUCUGCCUGCCUCUUGUAAAUUUCCUUGGCCCGUUCUAAGUUCAUCUUAAGUUGCUGGUGCAGUGCCUCCAUUUCUUCCACAAACUGCUCUGCCGCUGGUACGCUCCACCCUUCCUCCCCACUCCCCGGGAAGGCCCUGGGUUACACCCAUAAUUGGCCAUGAACGGGCUCAUUCCCGUGGACACAUGUUCAGCGUUAUUGUACGCAAAUUCAGCCAGCGCUAGUUUCUCUACCCAAUCGUUCUGCCUCUCGCUGACGUAGCAGUGUAGGUAUUGCUGGAGUACACUGUUCGCUCUUUCUGCUUGCCCGUUUGUUUCCGGAUGUCUCGCUGUCGAGAAGCUCACCUCUACCUGCAGCAAGCUCAUGAGCUUCCUCCAGAACCCGGAAGUAAAUUGUUUCCCGCGAUCCAAAAUUACUCUCGAGGGAGCCCCAUGCAACCUGAAGAUGUGAUCCACAAACAACUUGGCUGUCUCCUCCGCGGUCACCGCAUGUGAACACACUAUGAAAUGGCACAUCUUUGUCAAUAGAUCGACUACUACCAUGACUGCUGUCUUCCCCCGGGACUUGGGCAAAUCGGUCAUAAAAUCAAUGGACACCACCUCCCAGGGUUUUCCCGGCAUGGGUAAAGGUUCUAGUAACCCUGCGGGGGCCCUUUGGCCUUUGGCAGCAGUCGCACCUCCGUACAUAUUCCCGUACAUCCUCCCUCACCCUUGGCCACCAGAACUGCCUGGUGACGAGCAUCAUGGUUUUGUGCUGUCCAAAGUGCCCAGCCAUGGGGUUGUCGUGGAGUUGUUUGAGUACCUUUCCCCUCAGGGUCUCCCCCGGUACAUACAGCGCCCCCUUAUAGUACAGCACCCCUUCCUUUUCCUCAAAACCCCCUUGGUUUUCUCUUCCCUCUCGGGAGUUCCCGGAUUUUAGUUUGAGCGAACACGUCGUUUCUAGUAAGCCCGGCCAGUUCUCGUUUCCCAACCAAGGCUCCCCCACACACCCAUCGGUCCUCGGGGAUCACGUGUCGUAUCUCCGGCGGUCCCUCUCCUUCCAUGUACUCUGGCUUCCGGGAGAGAGCAUCUGCUCUUACGUUUUCCUCUCCUGGCACGUAUCGGAUUUCGAAGGAAAACUUAGAGAACUCCUGUGCCCAUCAAAUCUGUCUCUGGUUGAGUACUCUUGCGGUCCUCCAGUAUUCCAAGUUCUUGUGAUCUGUACAAACCUGGAUCUUGUGCUGUGCCCCUAUCAGCAGAUGUCGCCAUCGGCGAAACGCCGCAUAGAUCGCAAGCAGUUCGCAGUCGUACACCGUAUAGUUUUGCUCCGACUUGCUCAGCUCCCUCGAGAAAAAGGCACACGGCUUCCAUUUCUGCUUGCUCCUCCCUGGCUGCAAAAGAACCGCCCCAAUGGCUCUGUCGGACGCGUCGGUCUCUAGCCUCAUGGGUUUCUCCAGAUCAACGUGCAGGAGCUGCUCUUCCGAAGCGAACACCUUCUUCAGUCUUUCAAAGGAUUUCUGGGCACUUUCGGUCCAGACAGACUUCUUUUUGCUACUGAGACAAUCUGUGAUGGGCGCUGUCAAGUGGGCGAAGUUCUUGAUGAACUUCCUGUAGAAGUUGCUGAACCCUAGGAACCUCUGCACGUCCUUCCGGGUUUUGGGGGCCUUCCAUUCCAGCACCGCCUGCACCUUGCUUGGGUCCAUAGCUAGGCCUUUGUCUGACAACUUGUACCCCAGAAACUCGAUUUCUCUGGUGUGAAACUGACAUUUUUCCAGCUUGACCCACAACUGGUGCUUCUGCAGUCUCUUUAGCACUUCCCUGACGUCUCUGACAUGUUGCUUCUCAUUGUCCGAAUAGAUUAAGAUGUCGUCCAAGAAGGCUACGCAGUUCUUGUACAGCAGGGACCCCAACACGUGGUGCAUGAAAGCUUGAAAACAGGCGGAGCCCGACUGUAAUCCAAAUGGCAUAACUAAGUACUCAAAGGCCCCUAGGGGGGUGAACAUUGUGGUCUUCCAUUCAUCCCCUUCCCUCAUCCUAAUCAAAUUGUAGGCUCCCCUGAGGUCCAGCUUGGUAAAAAUCUUUCCCUGCCUCACCCGUGUUAAAAUGUCGUUAAUCCUGGGCAUUGGGAAGGUCACGGGUUCUGAUACCAAAUUUAACGCCCUAAAAUCUACGACCAAUUUGGGCUGGUUAGUCCCCUUUUUGUCCACAAAGAACACCGGACUGCCCCCCACCGCCUUUGAUUCCCUUAUGAACCCCCUCUUCAGGUUCUUGUCAAUAAACUCCCGCAACUCCUUCAUCUCCCGGUCCGACAUGGCAUACAGUUUACCCACUGGCAGCUGAGCCCCUGGGAGCAAGUUGAUUUGGCAGUCAAAGGGUCUAUGGGGGUAGUCUAUCCGCCUCCUUCUCGCUGAAGACCUCCUGCAGGUCAGCAUAUUGUGGUGGCACCUCCCUUUCGGCUCCACCGCUAACCCAGCCACCCUGGCCACGGUCAUCCUUGGGGUUUCCCCCCCAGACAGUGUUCCAAGCAGUAAGCUGACCCAAAGGUGACCGUCCGCUGAUGCCAUGCCACUACUGGAUCAUGUAGUGCCAGCCAGCUCAUCCCUAAUAUUAUUGGGGGUCCUGCCAGUGUGGCUACGUGAAAGGCAAUGGUCUCCGUGUGCCUGGAAACCCUCAUUCUCAUUGGUGGGGUCUGGUGCGUCACUUCCCCUCCCAGAAGCUCCCUGCCAUCAAUGGUGGUCACUUGCAAGGGAAAAUCCAGGGGUAGCAGGUGGAGCUGAUGCUCUAGGGCGAAAUCCUUGCUGAAGAAAUUGCAGGAACUGCCUGAAUCCAACAGCCCCUUCACCUUGACUGGGUGCCCAUUCGGGAGUUCUAGCACCACUUCUAUGGCUAUGGCCGCUCUGGGGGGGUCUGGCUGGGGCACUUCUAUUGGUUGCUGGCCUGGCUGCUGUGCCCGCUGAGUGGCAGCCAAGCGUUGGCGUUUCCCUGCUCCUGCUCCUUUUUUCCCUCCUCCUCACCUCCAGCAACUCCCACCAUUCCUUGCCAGGCCUUUCUUUGAGGGCAGACCCUGGCAAAAUGUCCUGGCCACUGGCAGAGGAAACACUUCUUAUUAGUUUUCCAAUCCUUUCCUUCCCUUUUGCGACCUUCACUGGAGUUUGAAACCUCCCGCGCGCGCGCGCCAUCAAUUUCCAUUGGCUCCGCCGGCGGGGAAGGCUGCCUCGGUAUUUCAGGAAUGCGGUAGUCAUGGCAACGUUUCCCUCUGCCUUCCCGCUUCUCCUGAGCCCGCGCUUCCUGUCUUACUCCAAUCGCAAGCACAGCCUUGGUCAGCUGAUCCAUCGACUGCGGGCGGGGCGCGCGGGAAAGCUCGUCCUUCACCGUUGGGGACAACCCCUCCUCAAACAACAUCUGAAUGGGUUCCGAGUCCAAUUCCCACCCGAGCCGGUGGACUAACAUGGCAAAGCGCGACCAGUAGUCUCUAACUGACUGGUUCCCCUGUUUACAACCCUUCAGUUCCCGCCGAGUCACACUUUGCUGCACAUCACUGGAAUACAUCGCAUCCAUCACCUGGAAGAAUUUCUCCAGGUCUUUCAAGGCGGCAUUAGGGGUCUGAUCCAUUCCCUGGCCCCAUCCUGCAGAUGCCCGACAAUGUAUGCCACCCUCUCCCCAUCGUCUGCAAAAUCUUUAUGCUGCAGUUCUAAAGUGUAUUCUAUUUCCGUUCGGAACGCAUUGUAGUCCUGUGGCUUCCCCCCAAACUUGUGUACCAGUCCCGGUACCUUCCUUGCUACGGGGGUGGUCCUGACCUGUGCAUCGUGAGCCCGCCUUUCUUCCAAGCGCGCCGUGAGAAGAGCCACAUGCUGUUCCAAAUCUCGGUUCCUCUCCACCAGAUUUUGCACUCCAGCUGCUCCCUCCGUGGCGCCUGCUUCUCCGGUUCGGCUCAUCCUGCUGCCUGCCUGUCGCUGCGCGCAAGCAACGUCAAGGACUGACGGAUUGCUGUAAUAAAUGUAGGGGUUGCUCAUUCGUAAGUUGGUGCCACUCCUGGCUAGGUUGCCUUGUUAAACCUUUUCUGUCUGGACAGCCCCUGCACUUCGUGGCUGUUCAGUCGCUAGCAGAAUCCGUCAGUGGGUGUUUCUUAAACCUUUUCCAGCAUAAAAGUUGUUUGACUCCAAGUCUCCUCCUACUCUCCCUGCGCGGAAGCCUUCUGCGCAGGGAGGGCGUGGGUAGCGGAGGACCCGUGCUCUCCUCGCUGAUCUCUGGCGAGGAGUCCUGGAGCCCCCUCGCCGAUUCCCCCAUCUGCCCCCCUUUAUCCCUGGUGUCACGCUGAUUUCUUUCCCCAGCCGGUGAACCGCCUCUCCCCCUGCUGGGCCCCUCUCCAGCAUCGCUCGAGAGCCUAGCCUCCGCCUCUGGCUCCGAUGUCAGUUCCCUGACAGCAACAUAUCAAAUUUAAUGUCCAAGCACACCUUCUGUUAUGGUAAAUAUGUUAUGGUAAACAUAGUUUACUUCUUUAAUUCAUCCAGAAGCCCUGGCAUUUGAGGCAACUUUUACUCCACAUACUUGGCAGUUGGCCCAGAGGCUGCUUAAGCUGCUUCAAUGCUGUUAUUGCAGAAUAGUAUAAAUAGCUUAACUUAAUCCCCUUAUAUGUUCACAGUCAUCUCCAGUCUUAAGAUUCUGGUUUGCAAGGGAUCAGAGAAUUUUCAAAAAGUUGCAGGUGUCUGUAUAGAUGGACUUAAUACAUGAAUAUCUUCCUGUCUGUCUGUCUGUCUGUCUAUCAUUCCAGUCACUCAUUGGGCUAUAGAUCUAAAACUAAAUGUAAAUUGGUGAGUUGUUUCUUACUACUUUAAGCAUGUUGCAUUUUGUAUUUUGGAUUCUGUUUCUAAAGACUGAGCACUUACCGUAUUUUUUGCUCUGUAAGACUCACUUUUUCCCUCCUAAAAAGUAAGGGGAAAUGUGUGUGCAUCUUAUGGAGCGAAUGCAGGCUGCGCAGCUAUCCCAGAAGCCAGAACAGCAAGAGGGAUUGCUGCUUUCACUGCACAGCGAUCUCUCUUGCUGUUCUGGCUUCUGAGAUUCAGAAUUUUUUUUUCUUGUUUUCCUCCUCCAAAAACUAGGUGCGUCUUGUGGUCUGGUGCGUCUUAUAGAGCGAAAAAUACGGUAUAUAGAAAUUUCUGUGGCAGAUUUAAUCACCUGUUACUGCACUUCAAUGAACUACUGGUUGCUUACUACUAAACACAAUUGAACAGGGGGAGACACCAACAAAAUUCAAAAAAAUGAAAGACAAAUUGAGUCAUAAUAAUAUAAAGCAAAUGUGGAAAUGUCUUUGAAAAUGAGUUUCAAAAUCCUGUAUUCACUAAUUUGCAUGAAAAUCAUGCCAUGGUUUUGUAUAAUUGGCAUCCAAUGCCUCAACUGUUAUGGAAGUAUAAUAGGAACCUGACCAGCAGCUGGAGAUGUCAUUCUCCAAAUGAUUUUUUGGAACUAAUUGUUUAUAAUAAGACAAAUAAUGAUUCCAUAAUCCUGACAAUUUUAUUAUUAGAUUAUAUAAAUGAUACUGCUCCUAUUAAACAUUAUAUACUGGUAAUUGUAGCUAUCUUCUGCUAGGAAAGAAGUUGAUCACAAACAGUGUUAGAAAUUGAGAUAUGAAAGCUAGGAGCUAGGUUAUGGGUGUAACAACAGACUGUCUAGGCACGCUUUUUUUAAUAACAAGAAUACAAAGCUGAAAAUGAAUGAACUGCAGCUAAAAUAUUGUUCACUUUUCACAUGGUCUAGUCCAGGGGUCGGCAACCUUUUUCAGCCGUGGGCCGGUCCACCGUCCCUCAGACCAUGUGGUGGGCUGGACUGUAUUUGGGGGGGGGGGAGGAAUGAACGAAUUCCUAUGCCCCACAAAUAACCCAGAGAUUCAUUUUUUAAAAAAUAAUAUUUAUUACUUUUAUAGAUUACAAAAAGAGAGAGAAAAAAGCAAAAGAGAAAAAACGAAGGAAAAAAACAAAGAGAGAGAAAAAAAAUACAAUAUAUAAACAAUACAAAACACAACCUAAACUCAAAACUAGACACAUUAAGCUAAACUAAACAAACCCCACUCCCCAAAACAAAAACAAUUUAAAAACAUACAUCCUCUCUUUUCCAUACUCUGUCUUUCGUUCCCUUGUUUCCUCGACCUCCUCACACCUCCCUUUUUGUGUUCCUCUUCUAUUAAUUGUUUCAGCAAAUCCUUUCCAUCUUUCUCCAUUUUCUGUGAUAUUGUAAAUAACGUAUUAUUUUAACCUUAUUUUCCAUUAAAACUAAAUUACUUAUAUGUGCUUAACUCCUUAUAACAUUUCUGUUAAGCCCAUAAAAAAUAAAAAAUCAUUCCACCAUUUUUCUAUCACUCAUUAGUUUUGCCAUAAGUCUAUAUAAAAACUUUAAAUUUUCCAAUCUUCUUCCACCAUCUCCUCUCUCAGGUUUCGGAUUCUGCCAGUCCUUUCCGUCAAUUCCAUAAAGUCCAUCAACCUGGUGAUCUUAUGUCCGAGGCUCUUAACUCUUUUCCAAGUCCCUUCUGCAGGUCUUCUUCAUUUUCUUUAAUGCUAAAGAGCCAAUCUCGGGGAAAUUCCAACCUGUCAGUCCUUUUCUUCCUUCUGAACAAAUCAGCUAAGUUUCCAUAGUUAAAACUACAGUCCAUAAAGUAUUUCCGGGUAUAUUUCAAAAUUCCUCCAAUUCCAAAGGCCCCCAAAACUUCAAUCUCCUCCAGGCCCGAGUCCAUGUCCCAAAAGUCAGUUAAUCCCUGCAUAGAGGGCUCUUUCCAACUUUCCUUCUUUAAUCCAAACCGGGAUCCAUUCCUAGGAGUCUGGCUUUUUUUGGAUUCAAUCAUAGAAGGCCUCAACUUAUAAUCUCCAAUUUGCUUCUGUAAAUCCACAGAUCUCACUUGUAUUAUUUUAUGUUGAACAACAGCUGCAUUCUCCUUCUCCUCCUUCUCCUCCACCAUUUGUCCUGCCAAAAUGGGUUCCUGUACCAAGUCCUGAAUUAUUUCUGUGUUAGUGUUCGCUUUUGACUCAAGUUGGUCACUUUCUGUUCCAAAUUAUCAACUUUGAGAGUCAUAUCAUCCAUCUUCUUGUGAAGCUGUCCCAGCGAACAGCUUAUCUUACAUAAAACAGUCACAAUGGCCUCUCCUAUCAACAUUUUUAAAUAGUCCAAGGUCGCUCUCUGGUUCCCAAACUCCUUUUCUGCAGCUGGAAAUUCCCCAAUUUCAAACAUUAAAGAUAAAAUUUCAGUUACUUUUCCUCUUUUUUUUUAAACGCAGAAAGGGACAAUGGAAACAGUAUCUUACUCUUGUUUAGCUAGCUGUCAAAUCCGUUCUGUCAAAAGCACUCUCUCCAAACGUCAUCUGGCAGCCCGUUCCCAGGUUCAGAGCAGUGGUCAUUUGAUUUUUCACUCUCUCCUGCAGGCUCACUAGAUCCAAAAUUUCCCCCUCUUCUCCUGCUUCCUAAGGGGGUUUUGUAACUUUAAACCGGUGGAAAUUUGAUCCUUUGCCAAAAGCUUUCAAAGGCUUUACUUGUAACAUCUUUGCUUCAGUCUAUUUACAAAAACGGGAGGCGGACUUCCUGUUUAUAACCUUCCCGUUUCAGUGCCAAAUUGAAGUAUUUUAAAAUCCAAUUUUCCGAUUUACUCACGAGUAGUUUAAAAUCCAAUUGUCCACAGGAAAAAGUCAGCGCUCUCCGGCAACAGCAAUGCGGCUUCACUCCGUGAAAGAAGCAGUCGAUUCAAAGCACCACGCCACUCACCCCACGUCGCUCCAGAUCCCCAAAACAGGGUUUCCCCGCGAGUAGGGAAGGCGCAAAGGUGCCAGCCGAAUCCCACGUCCACAGGCUUCUCCCACCUGUGGUUUUUAAUGGGUCUCCGCCUCGCCGUGGUGGUUCAGACCCUGUUUUUCACGGAGCGGGUUCCUCCCGAUCGGAGGAAAUCCGCCGUUGCCAGAGGCGCCAACCCGGAAGUCCGAGAUUCAUUUUAAAUAAAAGCACCCAUUCUACUCAUGUAAAAAAAUCCGCAGGCCGGGAUGAGAAGGCGAUUGGGCCACAUCCACCCCCCUGGCCUUAGGUUGCCUAUGCCUGGUCUAGUCCUUCCCCUGCCCACCCCCCUAAUAUUCUAAGAAGGUCUCUUCUCCAGUCUUCAGAGAAUAGCUGGAAGUGGGGAGGCAGGAAAUGGUCCUCCUAUCGUUCCACUCUGCAGUUUUAAUCUGAAAUCUUAGGUGUAGUACCCAGAGCUCAGAAACUGCUCGCACUAAUGAAAUUCCCUGUUGCAAAAUGUGUGGAGAACAAUGGGAGUUUCGAAUACUGAUCACAAAUGGAAAAAAAUGUUAAUGGUCCAGUGAUCAUUGACUGGAUGAUUAGGACAUUGGGUAUAUAACACAUCUGAUAAGGAAUCAAGAAUAUGCAAAUAUUUACGAAAAUUCAUAUAAGGUUAUGUAAAGUAUAAAUUGAUCAUACAUAUAACCUUGUUUGAUUCAUUUUGAUUUUUGUUAUGUUUUAAGUAACUAAAGCAUAAGGUGUAAUUUAUGGAAUAAUAGAGUGUUGGAAGGGACCUCAAGGGUCAUCUAGUCCAACUCCCUGCAAUGCAGGAAUCUCAACUAAAGCAUUCAUGACAUAUGGCCAUCCAACCUCUGCUUAAAAUCCUCCAAAGAAGGAGAGUCCACAAUCUCCCGAAGGAGCCUGUUCCACUGUUGAACAGCUCUUACUGUCAGAAAGAUUUUCCUAAUGUUUAGUUGGAAUCCUCAUUUUUGUAACUUGAAGCCAUUGGUUUGUGUCCUACUCUCCAGCGCAGAAGAAAACCACCUUGCUCCAUUUUCCAUGCGACAGCCCUUCAGAUAUUUGAAGAUGACUAUGAGAUCUCCUCUCAGUUUUCUCUUUUCCAGGCUAAACAUACCCAACUACUUCAACCAUGCCUCAUAAGGCUUGUUUUCCAGACCCUUGAUCAUCUUAGUUUCCCUCCUUUGCAUACAUUCCAGCUUGUCAACAUCCUUCUUAAAUGGUGAUGCCCAAAACUGGACACAGUAUUCCAGGUGUGACAGAAUAGAGUGGUACUAUUAUUACUUCCCAUGAUCUGAACAGUAUACAUCUGUAGUUGCAACCUAGAAUAGUGUUAGCUUUUUUUUGCUAUUGCAUCAUAUUGUUGACUCAUAUUAAGCUUGUGGUCCACUAAGACCCAUAGAUCCUUUUCACAUGUACUGCUGGCAAGACAGGUGUCCCCCCCUCUUAUAUUUGUGUAUCUGGUUCUUCCUGCCUAAGUGCAGUACCUUACAUUUGUCCUAUCUGAAAUUAAUUUUGUUCGUUUGGGUCCAGUUCCCCAAUCUGUUAAGGUCAUUUUGAAUCCUGAUUCUGUCUUCUGCAGCAUUAGCUACCCCUCCCAGAUUGGUGUCACCUGCAUAUUGGAUGAGCAUCCCCUCAAUUCCUUCAUCCAAGUUGUUUAUAAGGACAUUCAACAACAACGGACCCAGGACAGAACCCUGCGGCACCCCACUUGUCACUUUUUUCCAGGAUGACGAAAAAUCAGUCAACCAGCUACAAAGCCACCUAACAGUUAACCUCGGUGGCCUGGAGUGCCUUCUAUCACCUUCAGCUGAUGGCCCAGCUGUGCUCUUAGCUGGACAGGGAUAGCCUAAUGUUUUCUAUCCUCUGGUAACCUCUAGAUUAGAUCACUGCAAUGCAUUAGAUGUGGGGCUGCCUCUGAAGACAGUUCUGAAAUUAGCAGCCAUAUGAACUGACCCUGGGCAAAGUGACUUAACAAAUUCAAUUAAUAAUGAUGAUGAUGAUGAUAAUGGUUUAUCAAAAUCCUGUUGUAACUUUGGUGUGUGUGCUUUUUUGAUCUUCUUGACCUAGUGCUAGAUGCGCGUAGAGAGAGGACAGUGGGUAGCAAGCAGACACAAAGCUGCUGCUGAAAGCUAUGAGUUCACUUCACACAAGUCUGGGUAUUGGGUGGUAACUGAAAUGUCAUUUGCCAAUAAUGCAUUGUCUUCAUUCAUUAUGUAAAACCCUGCAAGGCAGGGAUUUGAAGCCAGGCUAGCUCAUUUCACAAAAAUUACAAGUUGGCUUAGAAAACUUUGCUUCUAGAGCACAUAGGAACUUACUUCAAAGAAAAGAAAAGCUGAGAGUGAGCCCAGUACUGGCUUUGGGCUCCCUAAAACCCUACCCUUUCUAUCCAUUUAUCAGUAGCCCUGGAUUAAGAUUUAAAUAAAAGUAGUUGUUUGUUCUGCCUUAUGAAGUGCUAGAUGUUUCUGUGUGGGAGGAAUUCCUCUAGGGUUUGGGAAGGGUUGAGUAGUGCUCUCUGAACAGAACUAUCUCAGCUGCAUUGAUGCAUUGUAUAAUUUGGACAGGAAAUAAAAAGGCUACUAUUUAGAUUAUAUUUUCCCUCUUCAACAACUGAAGGCUGUGGAAUGGGAAAGAGUGUGUGUCCUUUGGAUACAUGUUUUUCAGUUGGUUUUCUGCUGGUGAACACAAUUUUUCCACUUGACUCACUGGGUGAAAUCUAAAUGAACAUUACAACAUGUGUUUAUAAUCCCUUUUAAGCAAAGUAUGUCCUGACCUGCUUAACAAUGUUUGAUUACAUUAUUUUACUCCUAUAUUGAUGGAUUUUAGCAAGGUUUAGUUUGCAUUUCAGAAACAUAUUGAAGCUCAGACAACCGCCAUUGGGAAGAUACAGUUAAUUCAGAUGCAACAUUCCUAGUCUCCCAAUACAUAGGAUUGUAGUUCUUUCCUCAGCCCCUUGCACUCAAUUUAUUUAGUUGCUUAUUCUUUAGUGCAGAUCAUUAUUUAUUACAUCUGAAUGGCAAACCAUGGUUUACACCUCCUGUCAAAUCAGAAUUAAAAGAAGUGUGAGGAAUAUGAAACACUGACCCAGCACAGCCAUUGCUUAGUGUGAAUUAGCCAACAUAUGGGAUUGCAGUUGCAGUUCUCAUUGUUUAGCUUAGAACUGCAUCCAAACACAGGUUUGUGGUUUGCCUGAAAUGAGGCAACCCAUGAACCCAGGUUUGGGAAUAAUGCUAAGCCAAGCCACAGCUUGACACAGCAGCAGGACCAGGCAUAAAGCACUGUAGUCCUGAUUUUCUCUCCAAGAACCUGCACAUCUGCUCAUUGUGUUAAGGUUAGCCUUAGUGCUAUAUGAGAACUACGCCAUUGUGUUAAAUUGGAUAAUUUUGUUUCCAGAUUUAAAUAAUAAUAAUAAUAAUAAUAAUAAUAAUCUGUUCCAAUUUUGACUGUGAGAAAAGUGUGUGCUAAUGAGUCCCCUUUAUUCAUUUCUGUAUUCAGAGGACAUCUAGCAUGGAUAUUAAAAAGAUGUAAUCUUUGUUAUCCUAGGAUUUUUUUUCUGAGGCGUCAAGGCUGCUUGUUCCUUUAUCUAAUCUACUUCUCUAGUGCACUGCCAAUGUCCUUUAUAAAGACAGAAGGUAAUGUGCUGAGAUGGAAAUUGUGUAUCUUUUGAGUGAAUAAUGUGGAAAUGCUUCUCCCCUGAUACAUUUUCCUUGGUACUUUUAAAACCUAUUGGGGAUAAUCUAAAUGUCAACAGAUAAUUAUUAUAAGAUUUUUACAAAAUCAAGUUUGCAUGCUACAUUGUUAUAAGAGUAAAUAUUUUGUUGAGUUGUUGAUAUCUAGCUGUAAAGGCUUACUCAGAAAUUAAGUGCAACUUUUUGAGCAUACUCUCUCUGUUACAAAAAACAACUUUAUCAAGGGGGGGGAAUGUUACUUGUUCAGAAAACAUCUUGUUCAGAAUCAUAGAAUCAUAGAGUUGGAAGAGACCACAAGGGCCAUUGAGUCCAACCCCCUGCCAAGCAGGAAACACCAUCAGAGCAUUCCUGACAUAUGGUUGUCAAGCCUCUGCUUAAAGACCUCCAAAGCAGGAGACUCCACCACACUCCUUGGCAGCAAAUUCCACUGUCGAACAGCUCUUACUGUCAGGAAGUUCUUCCUAAUGUUUAGGUGGAAUCUUCUUUCUUGUAGUUUGGAUCCAUUGCUCCGUGUCCGCUUCUCGGGAGCAGCAGAAAACAACCUUUCUCCCUCCUCUAUGUGACAUCCUUUUAUAUAUUUGAACAUGGCUAUCAUAUCACCCCUUAACCUCCUCUUCUCCAGGCUAAACAUGCCCAGCUCCCUUAGCCGUUCCUCAUAAGGCAUCGUUUCCAGGCCUUUGACCAUUUUGGUUGCCCUCCUCUGGACACGCCACUGCCCUGCAAGCUCUGAGAAGCUCCUCCCACAGCUAAUCACCUGCCUCAACAGAAACCCUGCCCCCUCUGACCUUUGCACAGGGAGAGCAGCUAAUCAGCCACAAAGAAACACACACACACAAGAAAACCCUUUUUGCUCCUUCUUCAACUGCUGCCCUGCAAGAAUAAAUAUUAAACAUAGAAACAUAUUGUAGACCAAAACAAAACAGAAAGAUCACUUCUCUUAACAGUUUCUGAGCCAUUUGACUCAAAUGCUUUUCUGGUUUCAUCAGCAACAAUAAAAGCUGGGAACCUAAAGGAGUUAUCUUACCAUUCUUGGCUUUCAGAUAUGCAGUUCCUGCUCUAAAUGGUACAAAUGGUACAAUGGUUCUAAAUGGUUCUAAAUGGUACAAACUAGAGUGGCACCACAUAAUUUUUUUGUGUAGCUUGCCAGUUAAAGUUGUUGUGAAAUCCCUGUUGAUUGGCAAUUUCAUCAUAUGAUAGCUUAAAAUAUAAAACAAAGGACAGAAAGCUUUCUGGGCAUCUCAGUUAAAAAUCUUGUUUUAAUACCUUUUAAAUAGGGGGAUGAAGAAAAGUAUUUGUCCUGAAUUUUGAUGGACUGUCCAAUUAAAUCUGCAGCAGAAAUCCUGACAGAAGAGUGUGUUGAAAAUUCCAAGGUUCACCUGGAAGACCUGCCUCAGGGAUUCAGUUACUGGCAUGUUUGUGGAUUUGAUCCCCAUAUGGGCCAAAAGUAUGGGCCAGCUGCACAUUCCUGCAUUGCAGGAGGUAGGACUAGAUGUUCCUUUGGGCCCCUUCCAACUCUACAAUUCUGUGAUCUUAUUGUCUUCCCUCCAGUGUCUUAUAUACAGUUUGACAUUCAUUAUAUAACUUGCGGGGGUGCAAUUAGUGCCAGCACCGUCCGUUAAGAGUUUGGGUGUAAUCUUCGAUACCUCCCUGUCUAUGGAGGCGCAGAUUACAGCUAUAACAAAGGCGGCAUUUUUUCAUCUCCGCCAAGCUAAGCAGUUGGCCCCUUAUCUCUCUCGCCCUGACCUAGCCACUGUGAUCCACGCGACGGUCACCUCCAGACUGGAUUAUUGUAACUCGCUCUACGUGGGGCUGCCCUUGAGACUGACCCAGAAACUCCAGCGGGUGCAGAAUGCCGCGGCGAGACUCCUUAUGGGGUCUUCGCUGCGAGAUCACAUUCAUCCGGUACUAUACCAGCUGCACUGGCUCCCGGUGGAGUACAGGAUCAGGUUUAAGGUGCUGGUUUUAACCUUUAAAGCCCUAUACGGCCUAGGACCCUCGUACCUACGGGACCGCCUCUCCUGGUAUGCCCCACAGAGGAACCUACGGUCUGCAAAUAAAAACAUCCUGAAGGUCCCAGGCCUCAGAGAGGUUAGGCUGGCCUCAACUAGAGCCAGGGCUUUCUCGGCUGCGGCUCCAAUCUGGUGGAACGCUCUGUCACAAGAGACUAGGGCCCUGCGGGACCUGACAUCUUUCCGCAAGGCCUGCAAGACAGAGUUGUUCCACCAGGCCUUUGGUCAGGGCCCAGCCUGACUCCCUCCUCUGGCAACCUGCACAGAACUUUGCUUAACGGUUGCCAUUAAUUUGAUUUUAAUUAAUUUUUAUAAUGGAAUGUUUUAGAAUGUUGGAUUAUUUGAUUGUUUGAUUGUUUGAUUAUUUGUUUGUUGUUAGCCGCCCUGAGCCUGGCUUUGGCUGGGGAGGGUGGGAUAUAAAUAAAAUUUAUUAUUAUUAUUAUUAGUAGUAGUAGUAGUAAUUCUAGUUAGUUCUUCUGAAAACAGCAACAGCACUAUUUCUAGUGAGGCUAAUGAAGAAAACCACUGAUAUUGUAUUCAGGACUGACAAAGGCAAAACCCUCAUUCUCAGCCCUAUAAUGAUCAAUAAAACUAAGUAUAAAUGGAAGCAGUAAAAUUGUUUUAAGGAGAAAAAUGAUGUGUGCAGUUGCUAUAGAAACUAGCCAGACACACAUUCAAAGCAAAAAUUCUAGCCUGCAAUGCAUGCUGUUUACUGACAAUACCAUAAAUCAGAAGUUAUAUUGACUCCUUUUUCCCAAUUAUGAAAUGUUACAUUGAUUAUUAUAUACAACAUAUUUCUUAUGACACAUUGGUGGCAAUUGGGUUGUAGGAGUGAAACAAUAUGGUAGGUAAAAAUAGAAAUGAAAAGGGAGGGGGAAUUCCAGUCAUAAGAAAAAGUGACCAGAGUUGUGUAAGAGAGGAGACCAAAGUCAAUAGCUAGUAGCUAAAAGAAGACCAAAGCUAAUAGGAUUGGAGAUUCAAAUGUCUCAUAAGCACUGUAGUUUUACUAACAGCACCAAGCUAUGCUGAAAAGUGUCUUACUCUGAUUCAAAUGGGCUUUGUGCUGUCACAGUUGCUUCUCUUCUAGGAUAAAUGUUGUGUAGCACCUGUCUUCUUCCUGUCCUUCUCUUUUGCAAAUAAAUACUGAAUACUUAAACAUUUCAGUUUUAUCAAUGCUUAACACCAAAUAUUCUUACCUUGGCUUAGAAAGGCUGUCACAAUUGCUAAUGUGGAUUCAUGCCACAACAACUGUACUCAGAAAUAGGGCUGGGUGAUAUAUCGAUAAAUCGUCCAAAACUGGUUUGAAAUCCAUAUUGUUAUAUUGGUUUCAUAAUUUUUUGGGCUGGCAAUAUAUCGUGAAUCAUGGUGUGUGUGUGCGCGCUAUGCAAAAUCACAAUGCAAGGAAAACUGAAGGCAGCCAAUGCCUCUACAUAGCUCCAUCCUUAUUUCAGACAUUGUGAUACAUCAGUAUAUUGCAAUGUUUAGCUGGUGAUAUACAGUAUUGUGAUGUUGGAAACCAGAUAUCACCCAGCCCUACUCAGAAGUAAGUCCCACUGAAUUCCAUAAGGAUUGUUCCCUGGUAAGUAUGUACAAGAUUCCAGUAUGAAUUGGUUAGUUUAAAAAAGUGCCACACAGCCCUCAUAAAUUUCCAGACCUAUGGGAAAAUAUUAUUCCUUUCCCCCCAGCUUAUUUGCCUCUACAUCUUUUUGUCCAGGCUAGGACUAAGAGAUCAGGGUUAAAAUCAAUGACAAAAUUCACUGUGUGACCUUGUACUAGUCACUGUCUCUCAGCCAAACCUCCUUCUGUUCAUGCACCUUGCAAGCUGGCCAAGAGAAUCUGUCCAGAUGAAAAGACGAAGAAGGGAGGGAUGGGAAGAAAGAUAUGAAGGGUGGGAUUAAUCCUUUUGUCCUCCCUGUGAGUGAAUCUGUGUGUGCACAUGAGAGGGAUUGUAUGCAUGCAUGCGCACAUGCGCCACACUCCGACUCAUCACCGUAUGUGUCCUCCAGAGCCUGUUGCUCUGCUGUGUUUGAUUGGAUUUGUCCUAAGUUUAAUUUAUGAUACUCUGUUUCCAUACAUACUUUGAUAUGUGUGACUCACCUGGAAGAGCUGCCUUGGGGAAUCAACGGUUGGCAAUACUGUAUUUCCAUCAGUAUGACAAUGAAACCAUAGUGGAGGAUGUCAAUAGAACUGAAGCUGGCCGGCAUUUCAGUGUGUAUGGAUCCUUCUUUUGGGAAAGGAAGAAGUACCUUAACAUACCUUUUCAAAACUCUUAUGUUAUCGGUGUUAGCUACAUAAAGUUGCUCAGAAGAAAAACACAAAAAACUAUGAUAAAAUAAGAUUGAAUUAGAUGGUUAUUUUUUAGGCACUUAAAACUACUGAUGCCUAAGAGCACUAAUGAGUGAGCAAUACAGGGAAUUUGUGUAAUCUUUAUUCUUAGACUGGGUUGUAAGGCUUUAUUUGCUGGUCAUUUCCAAUUUCAUCAAGUCAACUCAGUGCUACCUAGUGUCAGACAAUGUUUAAUGAAAUUUUAACAUCUUCCCAUAAUAAUUAGUUUAUUAUUUCAGAAGCUAAAUGGUAAUAAUUGGGCACUGAAUGCUGGUGGUGUUUUUGUAAUAGUAGGGGAAAGUACAAGAGCCUUAGAAUUUCAAUAAUAAAACAAUUUAGUUGUGUGCAUUUUCUAACAGUGUAAAAUUUUGCUUCUACAUUGGUACCUCUGGUUACGUACUUAAUUCGUUCCGGAGGUCCGUUCUUAACCUGAAACUGUUCUUAACCUGAAGUACCACUUUAACUAAUGGGGCCUCCCGCUGCUGCUGCACCGCCGCUGCGUGAUUUCUGUUCUCAUCCUGAAGCAAAGUUCUUAACCCGAGGUACUAUUUCUGGGUUAGCGGAGUCUGUAACCUGAAACGUAUGUAACCUGAAGUGUCUGUAACCCGAGGUACCACUGUACUUAGUUAUGGCCAGGUAUGGGCAAAUUUAAUGGAUAUUAUUAAUAUUUACAUUGUCCUGUUUUAGUCCAGUAUUUGAGGGGGUUUUGUUGCAUAUUAGGAUAUUGUGUUCUACAAGACCCAGUGUGGUAUAGCAGUUAAGAGUGUCAAACUAGGACAUGGAACACGGGUUCAAGUCAUCACUCAGCCAUGAAGCUCACUGGGUGACCUUGGGUCAGUCAUUCUCUCUCUUGGUCUAACCUACCUCACAGGGUUCUUGUGAGGAUGAAAUGGGGAGGAGGAGAAGCAUGGGGAACAAGGUGGGGUAUAAAUACAAUAAAUAAAUAAAUAACCACAUGGUAUUUCCCCCUUUUGUGUUUUGUCCUUUAUUUUUUCUCUCUCCCUUUCUCUUUCUUUUCUUCUUAUUGUUUCUUUUCAUUCCCCCCCCCCUCUUUUUUGUCUCUCUUCUUUGUUUUCCUAUUUUUCCUAUUUCUUUGGAGUCCUAUGUCUGGGGUCUUUAUUAGGGUCCAGGGAAUGCAUGCUCGUGGGGUGGUAGGUGGUUGAUGGAGGACUCUGGAUGGGAGAACAGGGAAGUGUUGGUAUCCCAGGGUAAGAGGCUGGGAGGAGAAAGGAAAGAUCCCAGGUGAAUACUGGGAGGAGCUACUUAAGAGAGAACUGUGUAUGCUACUUAUUUAUAUUUUUUGUAGCUGUUAUCUUAGUGUAUUAUGAAAAACUUCAAUAAAAAUCUUAUUCAGUGUAUAAAACCAUGAGAUCUGAACCUGCUGGUUUGGGCUUUAGGGCCUGUCAAGCAGUAAAGGCUAGUACAUAGUGUGUCAUGGGAGGCAGGAACCCCCAUGUUUCACUGUAGCACCCGAGUCUGUUCUGCCUCCAUCAAAGACUCACACACACCCAUUUAUUUACACUCCCAUUCUUGCAGCUUUCUCUCAGGCAAUUCAUUUAUCUCUUUUUCACGAUUUUAGUUUUGCCUUUUUUUCUCAUUCCGAUCACUCUUGAGUGUCAGUUGCUGUUCAUUGGCUGUUCUGUUGCUCUCUUUCUCUCCCUCUCUCUCCCUCUGGUUCUGAUUGCCAUUUUGUGCUCUUCCCCGUUCUCCAUCAUCUCUGCCUCCCAAUCACCAUUUUGUGUUGUUCCCACUUCUUUUCUGGUCUGUUUUCUAUAUAAAGAUAAAAAAUAGUAAAAAAUAUUUCUCUCUGCUGUUUUCUUGUUUUCUCGCUUCCGCCCCUUUCUUCCGUUGUGUGUGACUGUGAGGCAGGAGCAGCGGGGUUAGCUUUGAUCUAUAAAUAAUAAUAAUAUUACUAUAAAACCAUGAGUUUAGUCCAUAUGUUGCUAAAAGUAAUUUUCAUUUCUAAAGUAAUUUUCAUGAUAGUGAGAAAAAUUCAAAAUGACUGAACUGCUCUUUUCACUGUAGUGAAAGUAUUCCUGCAUUAAUAUUCAGUCUUAAAUUUGCAUAACCAUAAGCUUUGAACUGAAUGGAAUUAUUGAAUGAAUGUAAUAGGAGUCUGUUUGCAAGCAUUAAGACAUCACCAGGAUCCAAAGAGAGUUUCUACAUUGGCAGCAGCUCUCUGCUGUAAUAGUUUACUGUGCCAUGCAACAAAAAGCUCUUGAAACCCAGGGAAACUUCAGGAAUGACCUAUUACUGUAUAUUGUAAGAUUGAUUUAGAUUGUGGACUGACAGAACAGGCACCUCUGUAAACUAUCCACGCCUGUGCAAAAAGAAAAGAAAAAUAACUUCUAGGACAGCCACCAAUUGCCAAAUUUGAUUGCAUUUGAUAAUAGAAUCCUCAGGGCUUGUGCUAAAGGCAGGGAUGCUUCAGGAAGUUGCUACACCAGGGGUCAGCAAAAGAGGGCUAGUUGACUGUCCCUCAGACCUUGUGGGGGGCCAGACUAUAUUUUGAAAAAAAUAUAUGAAAGAAUUCCUAUGCCCCACAAAUAACCCAGACAAAUCCAACAAGAAAAGAAUGUUCAAAACUCACAUAGAACUGGGCACGUUUUGCAAAAGGGAAUUUCAUUAGCGUGAGCAGUUUAUGAAUUCUGGGUGCAGUAUACUGCACCUAAGAUUUUAGAUUAAAAUUGCCACUGAUGGUGCUGAGGGUGUGGGAGGAGAAAUUCCUCCCCAUUCAACAUCUGGCUGCAGCAGCCGGAGGGGACAUGCUGCGUGUAGCAGGACAGGUAGGGGCUGAGAGAAAGGAAAAGACUGGGACAGCUGGAAGGGCCUGGCCCAGGCGCUGCCUUCCCUGGACCCCGCUGGGCUUCCAUUUUGCUCCAUUCGCCCAAGAGUUCACUCCCUCUGUCCCAUGCCUCUGUUGCUCCGCCUUCAUAGAAGUGCAUUUGAAGUACUGUAGUACUCAGAAUGGUAUUUGAAGCAACCCUGAGAAGUAGUACUUGAUGUGAAUUUCUGUGAAGUAAAGUUGUUAGUGUUUGAAGUAGCCCUGAGAUUAUGAAGUGUUGGGAAAUACUCUGGCUAACCUGCAUUUACUUAUCCCACCAUUAAAAACAACAUGAAAUGAAUUCAUCCAUAAGCAUGAAGUGGUAUUUCUCCUAAGCAUUCUAACAGAAAACUCUAUGUAGGAAUAGCUGAAUAUUUCUUACUUGAUACUCAAUGGGUCGUAGUAAUUAGAAACUAGCAUGUUUGAGAAUCUUUGAAUUUUUGCCUGCACAAGUUAUUAUAGAUGCACUCAUACGGGCCAUUUGUUGUGAAAUUCUAAUAGUAAAUCAGCAUUUUAAAUUAAAGUACCUUUUCCAUUUUCUUCUCCCUCUCCCAGCCAAAACUAUCAAGUACAUAUGUGUGACUGGCAUGUGAAUAAGAUUUUCUAAUCAUUCAGAGCUGCCAUAACUAAGUGAAGCAAGUUAGAAUCAUCUAAAAGUAAAUCAUUCUGUGAUUAUUCAUAACAAAAAUAAUCUUUUCUAUCAAAGCCAAAAAUAAACAAGUGAAUUGUAAUACAAAUACUAUAUAUUACUCUGCAGGAACAGCCUCUUUUCUGAUAAUGUUGUUAUGACUACAAAUCAGGACUAAUAUUACGGAAGUUAUUGCUUUACUGAACAGGAAAUAAACUCAGUCCAGUUUCUCUCUUCCCAUCUUCAGUUUAGCAAUUUUCAGUAAAAUACCAAUUGUUUUUUCUAAGAGUUUUAAUUAAGUUAUAACUAAGAGUGAGACACAUUCCCUCUCUGUGGUUUUUGAGUCUUGCAAAGUUGGCCAACUAGCAAAACAUCUAGAGCUGAAUUUAUUAUGAAGAGGAGUAAUUGUUUCUAUCUUCCUCUAAUGUACGUAUAUACCAUUCUGCUUCUGAGAAGAAGUUCAUAGACCACCAUAGGGCAAGAUAAGCUGGUCAUCAUAUCACCAAGCACUCCCAGUAAGCAAGUUGCUCCAACUAUUCUUGAGACCAGACUGUAGCCUUUAAUGCCUUGAUAUCCUGCCUCCCCCUCCUUGGAAAGGUAGAAGACCUUGUGGGGCAGGCAUCUGGCUCAGAUUCCCAGCACUCCUCUCCAAGAGCUCAUCCUGGGAGCACUCUGCCUAUACUACUACACCAGCUCUGUGGUGUGAGAGGCUUUUGGAAGUAAGUAUGCUAGCCUUUUGCUAGACCUGGAUUGAGGUGUCUCAGUCCAGAUGUUACUGCCAUCUUGGUAUUGGGCAUUUUUCUUUCAGUUGUGGUUCUUGGGCCUUUUCCACCUUCCUUGGCACCACUGAUCCCUUAGCCUCUGGGCCUGGGUCCAGGUCACUGCUGGCCUUUGGGGUCAUGACAAUACCUUUAUUUAUUUCCUGUUUAUAAACAAUGGGAGGCAGCAUUCCCAGACUUGAUACCCUGCAGAUGUUUUGUAAAAGUCCUAUCACCCUCAGCCAGCUAAGCCAGUGAUGCUGGGAGUUGUAGAACAGCUUGGGGAAGGCUGCUUUGGAGAAGCAGCUUUCUUAAACGUCUCUUAUAAAAGAGCCCCACUGUACAUUUAACAAAAAGCGGGUUUGAAUUUGGGUUCCCCUACGUCCAAACCUAAUGCUACAUCCAUUAUACCACCAGUAUCAGGUGAUAGUCUCAUCAGGGAUACUUUUUGCAAGUAGAUGAGGAAUAAUUGUGCAGUCUUUUUUGUUUAGAAGAGGCUUUGUAUAUACCGUAUUUUUCGCCCUAUAGGACGCACUUUUUCCCCUCCAAAAAUGAAGGGGAAAUCUGUGUGCGUCCUAUGGGGUGAAUGCAGGCUUUUGCUGAAGCUUGGAGAGCGAGAGGGCCGGUGCGCACCGACCCUCUCGCUCUCCAGGCUUCAGGAAGCUAUCAGCAAGCCUGGGGAGCCCGCAGGAGUUCCCGUAGGGCUCCCUAGGCAGCGGAUAGCAGCCUGCCGCCCGGAGCGCUGGGCGCUCUGAAGUAGAGCGCCCCGCGCUUCGGGCAGACAUCCGCAGCCUAGGGAGCCCUGCGGGAGUUCCCGCAGGGCUCCCUAGGCUGCGGAUAGCAGCCUGCUGCCCGGAGCGCGGGGCGCGCUGAAGCAGAGCGCCCCGUGCUUCGGGCAGAUAUCCUUUUCUCCUCUAAAAACUAGGUAGGUGCGUUUUUAAAAGCUCGGGCUUCCCCCGCGGCUGGGGGGGGGGGAUAAUUUUUCCCCCUUUAUUUCCCCCCCAAAAAAUUAGGUGCAUCCUAUGGGCCGGUGCAUCCUAUAGGGCGAAAAAUAUGGUAUAUCACAUUCUGCUAUUGUUCAGUAUCAAUGAUUUUAUCAUCUAGAAUCAAUUGGGUGUUCAUUACUAUUAUCAUUGCUCCCUUUUUGGGAACACUUUAGUAUUCUGACACACAGUGAACAAGCAGUGACUAGCUUUCAAACUUGUCAUCUUCCCAGUCAGCAUGCAGUUACUUAACUGGCACUUGAAGGAGCUGAAUAUGUGUGCCCUGGAGUAUGUUUAAAAAUGUUCCAAGGGAUUUCCAUGGAAGCUAUGUAAGGAAAUUGUAUAUCUGGGCAUGGGAAUUUGCCAUGCUGUAUUGAAGUGCCUUUUUACUCUUCACUCUUUGAAGUGCCUGGUCUCAUUUCUAUGUAGACACAUGUAACUGGGUGUCUUUACUGCCUAGCAACUCAUUUUAGUCCUUGUGUAUACCUAAUCCACAUAGAGGCUAUCCAUGGCUACCAGCCAUGGUGGCUUUGCUCCGCCUCCAUGGUCAGUCUCCUCCUAAAGACCAGUCGCUGGAAACCACAGGAGGGGGAGAAGGCCUUUGCACUCAGGUCCUGUUUGAGGGUUUGCCACAGGCAUCUGGUUGGCCACUGUGAGAAUAGGAGGCUGGACUAGAUGGGUCAAUGGCCCAAUCCAGCAGGUGGUUCAUACAUUCUAAAGUACAGUUUAUUCAGACAAUAAUUGUGAAUUGGAUUUCGUUCUUUUCCUUUUUUAAAAGAAUUAUUGCAAAUGGAGCUACAAGCUUCUGAACUGAAGAAGGAACCUAGCACUUAUGUGGCUUUGCCAGUUUAUGAGGAGUGGGCAAUAAAAACAUACAAAACCAUCAGCAUUACACUGGCACCUCUGGUUACAAAUGCAUCUGGUUACAAACGCUUCAGGUUACAACCUCCACUAACCCGGAAGUAGCUGCUCCUGGUUGCGAACUUUGCCCCAGGAUGCAAAUGGAAAUCGCGCGCUGGAGGCCCUGUUAGCAAAAGCGCACCUCAGGAUAAGAACGGUUUCAGCUUAAGAACGGACCUCCAGAACAAAUUAAGUUCGUAACCAGAGGUACCACUGUAUAGUAAAAAAAGAAAAUUACCGUAUUUUUCGCUCCAUAAGAUACACUUUUUUCCCUCCUAAAAAGUAAGGGGAGAUGUCUGUGCGUCUUAUGAAGCAAAUGCUGCACGGAGGAGGGACGGACGGGAGCCAUGGCUCCCCUCCCUUCCCUCCUCCAUGGCUCACUUUAAAGCAGCAAAGCGGGACAAGAGCCGCUUACAUGGGUGUAAAUCAAGCACAGCGGGAGCCAUGUAAUCCCUCCUCCCCCAUGCUUGGCCACCCCAUUUUGAUGGGCGCGCACGCACCACCCCCUUGGGACGAUGCUCGUGUGGGUGACGUCCCACAUCCCCACAGGCAACGUGCCACCACGCAAGACCUUCCCUCCGCCACUGGUCUUGCUGGGACAGUAGUGCCUUCCUUUGCAGAAAUGGGAAAUUUGAAGUGUGGCUGUGGUUUGGUCCUUGUGUUGUGUACGAAGGUGUCAAUUAGGUAGGUUUGACUUUAAAUGGGAAUUGAAUCGGAUUUCUCCCUCGUUCCUCCCAAAUAUGAAAGCCCCCAGAGCUCUCGGCAAUGAACAAAAAGGAAGAAAGUCCCACUUCUUUUGGCUUUAUUAAAAUAAUUGUGUAAGGCCAACCAUACAGUCCUUAGAUCUAAGGGACUCAACAUGGGAAGCUCAUAUAUUUCCAUUGCCUGCCCCCCUUACUAGAGGAUAAAUUAUUUAUUUAUUUAUUUAUUUAUACCCAGCCCAUCUGGCUGGGUUUCCCCAGCCACUCUGGGUGGCUUCCAACAGAACAAUAAAAUACAAUAACCUAUUAAACAUUAAAAGCUUCCCUAAACAGGGCUGCCUUCAGAUGUCUUCUAAAAGUUUCUUCAUUUGUUAAUGACAGUGUUGGUUCUUAAUGCCACUGUUGACUGCUGUUCACUUUACAUGGUUGAAAUAUUAUCAUGAUACACCAGUAGGUUAUUAAAUAGUUUAGUACAACAUUUGUUUCAGAAUAUUUUUUUCUUGUUUUCCUCCUCUAAAAACUAGGUGCGUCUUAUGGUCAGGUGCGUCUUAUGGAGCAAAAAAAUACGGUAUUAUGAAUUUUGAAAACUUUGAUUUUCAGUCCUUCAGUAUCAAGCAGACAUGAAAUAUUCAGAGAAAAAGUGUGGCAGGGGAGAGACAAUGAAUGUUACAUGAAAUUUAAUCAUUCUUUUCUGAACUAUCAUGAUCAGUUUCAGCUUUUUCGUAUUUGUCAUAAUAUUUAUCAUGGACUUCUAAAAAUUGAAGGUUUGUGUAGACUGAAACAAGCUUCUCUGCUCUUUCACAUUUCAUAAUACAUAUUCUUUUCCUGGAAAAAGACAAAGGUUUUGAAGGGGGAAAGAACAAACUUCCCUCUGAAUAUUUUCAAUUUUUCCCCCUGGGCCUUUACACCUCUAAUGAUAAGCAACAAUCCUCCUUUCAUCUCUCUCUGCUUCCAUUCUGUAAUGGCUCGUCUGUAAGAAGAGGUCCUCUUGAAACAUGAAGCUGCCUUGUGCUGUAAGAUCAUUGGCCCAUCUCCCCCAGUCUUGUCUAUCCCAACUGGCUGUGGUUAUUCAUGGUCUCAGGCAGAGCUAUUUUCUUGGCACCUGGAGAUACCAGGGAUUGAAUCCUGAACAUUAUAUAUGCAAAGAAUUUCUCUACCACUGGACUGUGUCCCUCAUCUCCAUUAUAUUACCUGAAUUGGCUAGCUUUCCAUUGUUGUCUUUUAAAGAGAGAUUUAUUUCUACCAUUUCCAUUUCCAUUUUCCUAUUCCUACCACUUUACUUGAUGUUACGUAAAGGUAAAGGGACCCAGGGUCGCAGACGGCUCUGGGGUUGUGGCGCUCAUCUCGCUUUAUUGACCGAGGGAGCCGGCAUACAGCUUCCAGGUCAUGUGGCCAGCAUGAGUAAGCCACUUCCGGCAAACCAGAGCAGCGCACAGAAACGCCGUUUACCUUCCCGCUGGAGCGGUACCUAUUUAUCUAUUUGCACUUUGACGUGCUUUCGAACUGCUAGGUUGGCAGGAGCUGGGAUUGAGCAACGGGAGCUCACCCCGUCAUGGGGAUUCGAACCAGCGACCUUCUGAUCAGCAAGCCCUAGGCUCUGUGGUAUAGACCACAGCACCACUCGUGUCCCAUUCACUUGAUGUUAGCCUUUAUUAAUAAUCUAAAAAGAAGUAAUUCACUGGUUCUUCUUGCUCUCUGCAAUAGUUAUAACUAUUUAUAGCUCAGUUUUAUAACAGAAGCAAUGGAAGAAAUUGUAAUAGUUUAUGUACUGUAUGUUAGUUUAGUUAACAAUAUAUAACAACGUAGUAUGACACUUACUGAUGUGUGUAAAUAGCAUUUAAAUACAAAGGGUGAUACCUAACAUUAGUCAUACUCAGAGUAGACCAGUUAAGUUGGAUAUCACCCAAAGUACUGCCUGCUCUAGCCAUGGGAAUGUAGAAAUUAUUCAAUGAAUUUUAUAAAGAGAAGGCUCCUAUGAGAUGCAUUUAGACAUUUUCCCUACUUGGAACACUGCAUAGGAAUAAAUGUAGUAGCUUACUUCAGAGGGAUCAACAUGAGUUAUAUUCCCUUCACCAUCGCAUAUUCUAUAUUUAUAUUCAUGUCAGUGAUUUUCUGGAGUGAUUUGUGGCCCAUGCAAUCAUUUAUUCUUUAUUAAAACACCUGAGCAUAUCAAGGCACAUUGUUCUCAGUCAAUCUGGAGAGCUCCUGAAUGUGGUCAUUUUUGGAAACACAAGUACCCUUUGGUUUCAACAACAUCUGCAAGCAUGGAAAACAAUUUUCACAAAGCUUCUGUAGGUAACACCCAAAGUGUUUGUUGAUAGAAGGCAAGUGGAUCAUAGAAUGAAAUGCAUGUAGUAUAAAUUAGGCAUUGAGAAGAUUUGUCAAGGACGUUUACAUUUAUGCACCCUUUUGUGAUUUAUACAUUCUUACAAUAUUUGCUUUUUCUAUGGGCAAAUCUUAAUUGAUUAUUUUGUAAUGGCCUGAAUGCAGUAUGGUGAAGCAUAGUUUGGUUUCUCUUUUUCUUAUAAGUGCUGAUGAAAGGCAAAACUCUCACAAUUGCCUCCUAUUGCUUUGAAAUAAUGAUUAGCUUAGCUCUAUGAAGAGCUGUCAGGGUUGAGCUGUGGUGCCUGCAGCACAUUCUGGAGUAUGCUGAUAGUGGGCAAACUCCUCCCAAACAGGUGAAACGAUAAGUGUUCAACAUUCCCAGUAGAAGAAAAACAACAUAAACCAUGCUUUGACACGAAGCAUCUAAUGAUAUAAAGGCAGUUGAUAGGCUGGCGCCAUUGCACACUCAGAUGACUGUAGCACACACUUGUCUAUAUUGCUCACUAAAUGAAUCAGGCAUUCAUUUAAAGGGAGGCUUUUGCAGCAGAGAGCAUUGAAAACACAUGCCUAAUAGGUACAUUCAUUUUAAUAGGCUCAUUCAUUGAGCUGGCCUGAUUAAUUAGUGCAUGUCACCAUCUGGUACUUAUGGAGACUAUUCAUUUUUAGAAUGCUGAAAUUGCAGGGAAUAGUGCACACCAAUUAAGUUCCUUUUAACUGGAUUAUGUUGGUAUAAAGUAUUAGUGUAGGAGGUCUUCAUUGUGAUUCAGACAGCACACAUCUGAAGAGGACCUGCCAGAACAAAGAAAUAGUGCCUGAAAUACAUAGAAGAAAAAAGAGGCUGCAUGUAUCUCUUUCAUUAGACAAAUUGUUAAUACCAAGAGAAGUGAACAUAAGAAAUUGCUUGUAAGCAAGUGGAGAUUUCAGGCAAAGUCUGUCUGUCUGUCUCUCUCUCUCUCUCUCUCUCUCUCUCUCUCUCUCUCUCUGUGUGUGUGUGUGUGUGUGUCCUGGAUAUAAUGUAGCUAUUUCCCCCCUAGCUUUUGCCUUGAUGUCUUUAGUAUCACAGGAAGAAGUUAAAAUACCAGUAUUCACUUUUUCCUCAAUCUUACUUUUUUUUUUUUUGGUAUUCAAAACCAUAGCUCACUCUUGUCUCGGAAGACUACAUUUUCCUACAUUAGAGUUAAUAAAAUCUACACAAAAAACUUUCACAAAUUAAUGCACUGAAAGGUCCAAUAACCCAAUGAAAGAAUUUUAAAUUUUUGUUCUCUACACACCUAUCCUUAUACUUUGUGCAGUGCAUUAUUACAAUUUGACCACAUUCAUGUUGAUAUUGUUUGCAAAUAGGUUAUUUCUUAUUUUGCUGUGUUCUUGCUUGCUUGCUUGUAACUGGUUUUACCCUUUUGAGCAACAGGGAAGUUUGUCAUCAAAGGGGACUGUCAAGGGAUUUCUUUUGCUGUCUCUGCCAGCCUUCAGGUUAUUUAAUUCAUUAGUGUCUUCCAUUGUCUAUAAUACCGAUAGGCUUUUUUAAUGCUAUAAAACUAAAGCACUUUGAAAUAUUCUAUCAGCACCACUGAAAUUAGGGCACCUAAUGAAUAACAAAGGGUGUUCAUGAAAAGUAUUCAUCCCACAAACUGACUCUGAUUUUAAGUCCUCUCUCCUGUCUGUCUCAAUUCAUUUUGUACUGUUUGGCACCUAGACAUGAGAAAGCAGUUUGAUCCGAUUUAUUAUAUUUCUAAGCCGCUUUUCAUUCAAAUGAAUCCCAAAGCAAUUUACAAAUAAUAAAUAACAGUAACAUGACAGAACAUAAUAGAACAUCACCAAUACAACAUAAAUCAUAUAGAGUAAUUAACAAAUUAUCAGUGAAACAAUUACAAUGUAUAAAAACACUGUUAACAAAGCAACAACUAUAAAAUAAGUUAAACAUCACAAUUAAAGCAAAAGUCUUAUGAUUAACAAAUCAAUGCAGCAUCUAUAAUCUAUAAAACAAUUGUAACAUUAACAAAACAGCAACCCAAAAAUAAACUAAUUAAUAUUUAUUAUGAUUUAUUCAAUUUAUAUACCACCCUUUAUCAAAAGAUCCCAGGGCAGUGUACAACAUUAAAAACACAUUACAGAACAUCAAUGAUAAAAACAUAGUAAAAACAUGGUAAAAGGCGUACUGACAGAAAGCCGAAUAAUAAAAUAAUCCUAUACUCUCUCCACACCCCAUUGCUCAUAAUACACAUAUUUUUUUCUAUUUUAACGUGGUGAUCAUAAAAGACUUAAGUUUUUGCACCUGUCUUAAAAUUUGAAGUCCAAUGGAAGGCAUCAUUUUGCCACAGUCUGAUUAGUAGAAAACAGUGGUUCUAAAGAUGUUGAAGCAAAGGCUGCUUUAUCAAGGCAAAGAACACAUACAUAUAAGCCAACCAGUCCUUUAAAAACCUUGUGAAGUCAAAUUCUUUGGUGGUUAUGCUAGUGUAUUUUCUAAGACAUUUCAGUCUCCUGACACUGCUUUAAACAGAUAAAAGCUUUUCAAUGGCUACUUGAAAGCAGGUGAUAGCCAAAGUAAUAUUUCUCUCAACUAUCUUCCUAAUUAUCUUCAAUAUUUUGGGAAGCAAUUUCUUAAAUUUAAACUUUUGAAGCAAGAAUAUAUAGAACAUACUUGCCUACCUUAUAUUCAUAUUGUUUUAUACAGUAAUUGUGUGCAAUAUUAUCUUGUAUGCAACAGCUAAAAGUAGUAUGCAUGUUCUACUGUCUUAUAAGAUUGUUUAUGAGAUAGUGAACCAAGGCUUGCAUGUGAUAUUAUUAUUAUUAUUAUUAUUAUUAUUAUUAUUAUUAUUACUCCGCCCAUCUGGCUGGGUUGCCCCAGCCACUCUGGGUGGCUUCCAACACAUGUGAAAACAUAAUAAAACAUUACACAUUAAAGGGCUUCCUGAUACAGGGCUGCCUUCAGAUAUAUUCUAAAAGUUGUGUAGUUCUUGAUCUCCCUGACAUCUGAUGGGAGGGCGUUCCACAGGGCGGGUGCCACUGCCAGGAAGGCCCUCUGCCUGGUUCUCUGUAGCUUCACUUCUUGCAGUGAGGGAACCACCACAUUCAUCUUGUGUUAUACUGCAGCUCCAUCUGGUGUUUGGUAGGAGUGGUUACCUAUUAAGUAUAAAAAUUAACAGUAUCACUUACUAUAAAGCAAUCUAGUAUUUAUGCAGAGUGACCUGAUUUCAUUACCUGUACUUGCUGCAUACCACAGUGUGAUAAAGGCCAACUGCCAUUAUAUUCUGAACAGUAUUGUAUUUUGUGAAAUCCAAUUUAGUAAUGUAGUUGUCAAUUUACAGUAAAUUUGUGUGCAUUCCAUAACAUCCACACACAAGGAGACAGCCACUAAAUCAACAUCAGAAUAGUUUUUUCACUAAAUAAAUAAAGUUUCUCUGCUCAAGUGAUAUUCAUUCAAAUCAGUCAAACAGAUUUCUAUUUUUCCACACAAUUCUAGACGUAAAUAAGUUGAUGUUUGGUUUUUUCCUUUGAGGUUAGUCAUUACAAAAACAAAUUGCAGUUAAUUUUCAGAUUGACUAUUCUCUAAGGCAGCUUCCUUUGUGAGCAACUGCUUAAAAGACAACUUGCUUGUAGGCUGCUCCAUCCAAUAUAUAUUUGUAUAAACAGCUUCUUAUGUGGUUUCAGCAUUUUUAAUCAUGUGAUCAGAAGCAAAAUGAGAGGAGACAAUGAUUUGGUUGAAAAUCACUGGUACUACAUGGGUGUCCCUCAUACAGAUAGUUGACACAUGGAACAGCCUCCAUGCGGUUGCAUUUGAAGCAAGACACAACACUCACAAUGUCGCUUAGCUACAAAUCUCAGAGUUCUAGGAAGGAGGGACUGACCUAAGCAACUCUGAAGAUUAUAGCUCCUAGAGGGGAGUAGAUGUUUCCUAACAACUCUCAGAAGCCUUAACAAACCACAGCUCUCAGGAUUCUUUGUGGAAAGCCAUAACUGUUUAAAGUGGUACAGUAACUACUUUAAAGUAGUGACUACUUUAAAGUACCAUCUGCACUAUAGGCUAACUAACUAACUAGUGUUAGUUUAUCAAAUCGUACUUCUUGCUGGGAUUAUGUAUUCCAUGGUCAUGUCAGGUUAGGGAAGGCUGAUAAAGUGUUGGUUUGUUCCUAUAUUAAAACACAUUUUUUAUCCUGCCCUUUCUCUGGGUUCUCUGUAUACCUGUUUCAUCUCACAAUAACCCUCUGAAGUAAGUUUGGGUGAAAGAUGGAAGGGUAAAUAGAACUUCUGAAGUUCCUUCUUCUACAGGUUGGGAGAUAUAACCUCUUGAGUGGGAACUAACUUCUCAUUGAUCAUUUAUGACCAUUUUUUCUUCUUUUUUAGGAUGACCAGGAUUUGAUUACACAGACAAGAUGAACAAGCAAGAUAACAAAUAAAGGAUCUUACCAUGCAUUGAACAACUUCUGAGAGUCAGGUGCUUAGCCCUGGGAAAAUGUCUGCUUGCAAUUCAUUCACUGAACAUGUCUGGAAACCUGGUGAAUGUAAAAACUGCUUCAAGCCAAAAAACUUGCACCAACUGCCUCCAGCUUCUGAAAAACCUCCCGUCUCUACAAAUCUGAAAAUCAAUGCAAGUCACAGCAACAACCAACGUACUAAAAAUACAGGAAAUUUUCGACCUCCUGUGGCAAAAAAACCCACUAUAGCUGUGAAACCCACCAUGAUGACAGUAGAUGGACAGGGUAUAUGUGGCGAGGUCAGCCCACAAGAUCUUUGCGAGAACAAGCCAAUUGCAGGCUGGAACCAAAAUAGGACUGUCUUGAAAAAAAACACACAUAACAAUAAUAAUAAUGAAGAAGAAAUUGAAGGUUAUGGUCAUGUUCAUAGGCCUUAUGGGAAUGGUGAUGGUGUAGGUAAAGCUCCAAGCAACAAUAAUGGACUGACAGAAAUGUUGAAGGAAAUUGCAGGCUUGGACACGUUGUCUUCUCUAACAGGAAAUGAAAUUAAUUCAAGGGAAGCAUUCUUGGGAAGAAUAAACAAUUGUUAUAAAAAGUCAUUAGAAAGAAAGGUCCCUCCAAGUUGCAUGUUGGGUGCCAUGAAGGAUUCGCAAAAUAAGCAUGUUGUUCUGAGUGGAAGCACUGAUGUAAUAAGUAAUGAAGGUGGUCGUUUCUGUUACCCAGAAUUCUCCAGUGAGGAUGAGAGUGAGGAUGAUCUGCUUUUUGGCAAUAUGCAUGAAGACCAUGAGAGCUGGGAUGAAAGUGAUGAAGAGCUGCUGGCAAUGGAAAUUCGCAUGAGGGGACAGCCACGCUUUGCUAACUUUAGGGCUAAUACGCUAUCACCUGUCCGAUUUUGUGUUGACAAAAAAUGGAACACAGUGCCUUUAAGGAACAAGUCUCUCCAGAGGAUUUGUGCUGUGGACUAUGAUGAUAGCUAUGAUGAAAUUUUGAAUGAUUAUGGAGAUGACACUGUGAUUCUUUAUGGGCAAGCAAGCAUGCAAAGCAUGGUGUCAUCUGAUUCCAUGUCUCCUGACUCUUCUUUGACUGAAGAGUCUCGCUCUGGGACAGCAAGCAGUUCUUCUCAAAAGCUCUGCAAUGGUGGAUUAUCUCCUAGCACUCCUAAAGAUAUCAAAUUAAUUGAGGAAGAAUAUAAAAGCUUUUGUGAUGAUCAGCAAUUGACAGUUGUAACUAAAAACCCUCAAAUUGCUACCAAAACUUUGGAGACUCAUAAGGCUGUGCUUGCCCUUAGGUUGGAAGAAAAGGAUGGCAAGAUUGCUGUUCAAAGUGAUAAGCAAGAAUGCUGUAGUCCUUCAGGUAUGCCAAGUCAAGCAUCAGCUGCAAGUUUACUCCCCGUUGAAGAACAAGCAAAACCUUAUAGGGUAGUAAACAUGGAACAACCCAUAUGCAAGCCAUACACUAUUGUGGAUGUAUCAGCAGCCAUGACCCAUGAAUGUACAGAGAAUCGAACGAGAAGCUGUGAUUCAAAAAGUACCCUAUCUAAUCCAAAUUCACACGAUACUCUAAGUACAAAGGUUGCGCCUCAUUCUGUAUCAUCUGGGCAAGUGAACACCAAUCUUAAAAAAUCUAGUGCAGUCAGAUACCAGGAAGUUUGGACUUCCAGUACAAGCCCACGGCAAAAGAUUCCUAAAGUGGAACUAAUUCCCAACACACCAGGACCUUCUGUACCUUUAAGGAAGAACAUUCACAAAUCUGCUCCUGCUUCACCUACAUCAACCAAUAUUUCUACAAAAACAAUCCCUGUUAAAUCUCCUAACCUGUCUGAAAUAAAAUUCAAUAGUUACAAUAAUGCUGGCAUGCCACCCUUCCCAAUCAUUAUUCAUGAUGAGCCAACGUAUGCUAGAAGUUGUAAGAAUGCAAUCAAAGUUCCUAUUGUAAUCAAUCCCAAUGCAUAUGACAAUUUAGCAAUCUAUAAAAGUUUUCUAGGGACUAGUGGAGAGCUCUCUGUAAAAGAUAAAACCACAAGUGUCAUCAGCCACACAUAUGAAGAAAUAGAAACAGAAAAUGCCGCUCUGAAAAACAUAACUAGCAAAUCUACUGAACUCUCCCAGGCUAAAGGGUUAACUAAUAGCUCUGAGAGAAGACUGGGCUCUGUGGCUCAGAAGGUUCAGGAGUUCAACAGCUGUCUUGGCAAAGGUCUGACUUCAUCCAAAAGCUCUGAUCACAGCUCCCCAACAAAAAUACCAAGAACUCUUCAUGAUCCUGUGGCCAAAACAGAAGAGACACAGGAGAUAUGUAGUGGAAGUAGGGAAAAUGCCUGUACAGUACUAUCACAAAUUGUGGCUUCUAUCCAGCCUCCACAGUCUCCCCCAGAAGUAUCUCAGACUGGACCCAAGUCUUGCAGUGCGGAAGAAUUGUAUUCUCUGCCUCCUGAUGCAGACACAGGUGAAAGUGUCCCAGUGCGGCCCAAAUCUCUCUUUACCACACAGUCGAGUCCUGAGAGUGAGGCAGGAAAUUCCAGAGAAAUGGUGCCUAAGGAAACCCUGUCCAAGUCACUAGUUGCCUAUUCCUCAAAGCCAGUGGCUGCCUCCCAGAAUACCACAAAUCCCAAAACUGAACAGACUCCCCCAUUUCCUCCUCCUCGUUCCACGUCUUCACCAUAUCAUGCCAGCAAAGUGUUGCAAAGACAUUUCAGCAAUUGGACCAAACCCACAAGCCCCAUAAGAUCAACAGAGGCUGAAUCAGUAUUGCAUUCUGAAGGUAGGCGAGCUGUUGAUGCAAAGCCCAAGCGUUGGAUAUCAUUUAAGAGCUUCUUUCGUCGCAGAAAGACUGAUGAUGAGGAAGAGAGAGAAAGAGAAAAGGGGAAACUGGUGGGUCUUGAUGGAACUGUCAUUCAUAUGCUUCCACCUCCUCCUGUUCAACGGCAUAAUUGGUUCAGUGAGUCAAAAUCAGAUUCAAGUGAGAAACCCUCAAUUGUGUUUAUGUUUAAAUGUGAACAAGCAAAGAUGGAGGCAAAAUCUGAUCGAAACAAGACUGAAGUAGAGCCAGCAGUUGAAGUUGUGGUAUCCGAAAGAGACGAGAGGGAGAAGUCUUCAGAGGUAUUGGAAGAAAAGAGCCAUUCUUCACCACCUAAUAUUCCAAAGGAAAUUCUCAGGUAAAAAUAGAUAAAGGUUUCACUUGACAAUUUAUGCACCUUGCUAUAUAUUUCCAAAAGUGAGAAAUUUAAAGGCUGCUAAAUAAAUGUACACAUAAUGUUUACAAUUCAUUAGACAGCCAUUUCCAUUAAUGGUAACACCACAAAGUUUUUGGGAAUCUAUUUAUUAACACUGUGUUCCUUUACACCAGUGUUCAGUAGAUUUGGUGGAACUGCCUAAAACUCCAUUUGUGUAUGGAGAAUAAAGUGCAGAGAGACUCCCCAUGGAACUGAACCCUAACCCUCCCCUUUCCUGCCAGCCUCACAUCAGGUGCAGUGCAGCAUGUGGAGCUAUUUAUGAGAAGCACCCCAGCACACACGGUGCUCAUAAGAGAGCUAGGAGUAGUGGCCCAACAUGGGUAGGAGGAUGGAGAGGGGUGUGUCAGUUGAUUUUCUCAGCAAGAUGAUGAUGAUGAAGGAUUAAAUGGCAGGGGUAUAUGCAUCAGUAUAUAGAGCCUCUUUCUUGUCUGUACACAGGGAGCAGAACCGUGGCCUAACUUGCUGGGGAGGGGCGGGAACCAUGAGUUUUGGCACCUUGCAGACUAAUUUAUUAUGUUAUAAGCUUCCAUGAUUAGUGUUCACUUCAUCAAAUGUAUAAAGAGGCUUUGCAUCCGAUGACGUGAGCUCUGUUGUGAAGACAUCGGACGGCAGCCCUGUCCCUGGUAGUUUUUAAUGUCUCACAUUUUAUUAUGUUUUUAUAUGUACUGGAAGCCACCCAGAGUGGCCUAAAAUUAUUGUUAAAUUAUUAUUACUAUUCAGACUGACGGAAAGUACCCCAUGAAGCACUCAGGAGUCAAGCUGUAUUUCAAGUAGACUUUCUUCAAGUUGCAGUCUUGCAUCAUCAUAAAGCAAUCUUCUUACAUCCAGGAAUCAUCAUACACAGGAGGGAUCACAUACACGGGAGAAGCCAGCAGGGGGAGUCAGCCAUACCUACAGUGGUACCUCGGUUUUCGAACAGCUUAGUUCAUGAACAACUUGGAAAUUGAAUGCUGCAAACCCGGAAGUAGGUGUUCCGGUUUGCAAACUUUUUUCGGAAUCCAAACUGUUCCGUUUUGAGUGUUACACUUUCUUUUUCAGUGCCACACUUCUGUUUUGAGUGCCCCCACUCCUGCUUGCAUGAGAGUAGGAGCUGGAUGGGGUAGCUCAGCUGGGGAGCACAAAGCCUCUAUUUCCCUUGAGGGGAGAAGUUUAAAGGAGCCCCCACCUCAGCAUCAGAGCCCAUGCACCACCUGAAGGCAGCCAGGUGGAAUAGUUCCUGGGGUGGCGAAAGUGGAGGUAGCCUAGCAGCUGCAUCUGAGAGCCCCUAAACUUCUGCUGAGGCAGUUGUCAGGCUGUCUCCACAUUGCCACACGAUGCUCCUUUAAACUUCUCUAUUGAGGUGAACGCAGCCAGUGAUGGAAAAGUGAUGGAGCCUGCGCCUCGCCAGCUUAGCAGCCCCAAUCCAACUCCUACUCCCAUGCAAGCAGGAGCAGGGGCGGAGAUCUCUCAGCUGGGAAGCAGAGGCGCUCCUCAGCUGAGCUGCCCCAUUCAGGGGCAGAGGAAGGGGAUGCGGUAGGUGCAGGCUGCCCUGGGUGUCACCACUGAGGGGGGUGACAAAAUGCCAGGCGGCACUCACCGCGGGGCCUGCAGGGGGUCUCUCCUUGGAGAGACAUGGUGGCUUGAGCACACACAGGCUCCACGCUGCCCAAAUGAUCCACCCACUGCCUCCCCCCCCCCCCAGCUGUAGGGCGGUUGAGUGGGAGGAGGCAGGUAGACUCCAGAGGCCCUGCAGUGCGCCACACCCCUGGGCGCGCCACCCCAGGCACCCGAGUGGCUUCCUCCGCCGCUGGCCCCAUCCAACUCCUACUCCCGUGCAAGCAGGAGUGGGGGCAGGGAUCUCUCCGCUGGGAAGUGGAGGCUUUGUGCUCCCCAGCUGGCAUUCAAAAUUAAAACUGAAACUAUCCAGAAAACCACAAAGCCAACAAACUUGCAACUCAUGAAAAAGCAGCCACACCACAAACUGAAAAAAGCAAACCAACCACAAGUGAAUCAAAAUCACAAGAAAACAUAAAACAACACUGACCCUAACCCUAAUUCUAAUCCUUACCCUAACACCAACCCAAUCCUAAAAUUAACCCUAACCCAGAAAUGGUCUUGUUAAAUAGUGAAAUUCAUGUUAAAUUGCUGUUUUAGGGGUGUGCGUUUUUAAAAGUCUGGAAAUCCAUUUUGCGUUACUUUCUAUGGGAAAGCGUGCCUUGGUUUUAGAAUGCUUUGGUUUUAGAACAGACUUCCGGAACGGAUUAAGUUUGGGAACCAAGAUACCACUGUAUUUAUCCUAACUGGCUAUAGAUCAGUUAGGCAAUGCCCCACCACUCAUGAUGCUGACUCAUACCGCCAGAGUCAGCAUUUCCACUUCACACAGUGUUAACUCCUUGAUACCCACAACACUCCCAACAGGCUCUGGUCCCCAAAAGCUUGUGGCAUAGUAAAUUUGUUAGUCAUUAUAAUGUCACAAUACUCUUUGUUAUGUUUUGCUGCAACAGACUAACAUAACUACCCCGCUGGAAAUGGUAAUUUAAAUCUCCAUGUUUUACUGAAAUAAGACAUCACAGAAACUGGUUUUUAACCUUAAAACUGAUUUUUAACCUUAAAAUAUCAGUACCUCUGAUUUAUUACAAACACUGAGAUAUGCUUGAGCAUUUUCCAUCCUAAGUUGGAUGAACCCAGUAGAGUAAAUGUAUAUAGUAUUGCACCCUUAGUGUUUGAAGUAACUUAUUUCUAGAAAUUAUUAUCUGUGCAAAUAGAAUCAGAACUGAAUAACCUCAUGAUACUGUACUUAUAUUUAUGGGGUGUAUAUUCUUGCCAUAUAGUUUUGUUACCUGUGUAUGCUAUAUUUGUUAUACUUUGAGUUGUCAGAUUUUUUUUUCAAUCAUUGCUACUUUAGGGGAAGGAAAAAAAAUUAUGUGAAAUGUAAACUGCAAAUCUUUAACAUUUGCAGCCUUCACAAUUCUGUCUUACAGUCGUACCUUGGAAGUCAAACAGAAACCAUUCGGGAAGUCUGUUUGAUUUCCAAAACGUUCGGAAACCAAAGCACAGCUUUGAUUGGCUGCAGGAAGAAGCUGCAGCCAAUCAGAAGCCCCAUCAGAUGUUCGGCUUCCAAAAAUAGUUCGCAAACCAGAACAGUCAUUUCCGGGUUUGCGGCAUUCGGGAGCCAAAACGUUCGGGAACUAAGCUGUUCCAAAACCAAGGUACGACUGUACUUGGAUUAGCUUUGAGGCAAUCAUGUCAGUUUUUAUUGAGUUUUCAUAGCAUUACAUCCCUGAGUAAACAAAGCAGAACCAAUAACAAUCAAUACCGGUCUACCACGUAAAAAAGGAAUACAUCAAAACAAGAGGUAAAUAUCAUAUACAUCACUUCUAACUUGAAAAUCAAAUGACAUAAACUGAAAGCUAUGUACACAAAUCUUCAUGUGGCUUUCCUGCAUGCCAUCAGGAACAUAGGAGUGGUGGCGAUCCCACCCUGGAUACCGAGGAUCAAUUAGCGGAACAGGCAGGGGCUUCUUGCUAAUCUUCACAUCUUCUCUUCCCAGCCUGGGACAAGGGCUCUUACCAUUUACUGUUGCACUUGUUAGAGCAGAGUCCAGAUCCUUUUCACACAUAAGGAAAUAAAACAAAACAAAUUUCUUACUUUGUCCUUGGAGUUGCCUGCCUUCUUUCUGCAUUUCUUGAUUGUCCAGCCUGAGGCGGUGCUCUUGCAGACUUGAGCUGAGGAGAGGUGCUGGGGGGGGGGGGGAGUGCCAUCUGCUGCUUGGGACUGGAGCUCUUUCAGCAUGUUGUCAGGCUGCUGGUUAUCACCCACAAGCCAUAUUUUGCCUUUGUGAUGGACUAUCAACUUUAAAAGGAAGCCCCGUCGAUAUACUUUGCCCACUUCUUUUAGUGCUGAUGUGUAAGAGUGGAGAGCUGUGGCCAGGCUGAUAUCCUGGAACAUUUCGGUGGUAGCUUCACCGUAUUUUAGGUUUCUAACAUUCUGUAGUGCUCUGAAAAUUGAGCCUUUGAGCCUAUAGUGUUCAAAGCAAAUUAGCAUAGUUCUGCUUCUGCCUCCCCCAUGUCCUCUCUCUGUGCCAUUGGAGGACAGUGGUAUGUUAAAAUUCAGGGAGAAUAGCCAGUCAAUAAUGAAUUGAACCAUGUCCCCCUCUUCCUGAUUCUCCGGUAGGCCUCGUAGACCAAAAUCUUUGCCUCCUAUCCCUUUCUGAUUGUUCCUCCAGCUUCAUAGGUAAAUCUUCAGUCAUUUAUAAAACCUGGAUCUCAGACAGGUUGAUUAGAGCAAGAUUGUGUGCAUAAGUUACUGUUUUAGAAAUAACUGACAAUUCAUUAGGUAGCAUAUCAAAUUGGGCUUCUGUUUCUGGUAGCGAGCACAGAAAGUCAUUCCCCUGGGCUCUCUGCAGAUAUGGAGGGACAGUUGGGGGCUAGCAUUCCCCUUAAAACCUCUGAUGAAGUUGGAGGGUGUGAUGUGAACCCACAGACAUCUUUAAAUGCCUGCUUUGGUCUUAGACGGAGUACUAAGUAGACGGAAUACUUUGCCAGGAAAGGGGAGGCAGGAUGCUGGAUUUUAUUGGGACUCCAUUCUUGAGAAAGCCUCAGUCAACAACCAUGUUUGCUGUGGAUCUCCUUUGAUUUCAGACAACUGGGCCAAAGUGAAAAGGCGCCCCAACUGACAUGAUGUCAACAAAAGCUGUUGGAGACUGUUGUUGUUUAGUCGUGUCCGACUCUUCAUGACCCCAUGGACCAGAGCAUGCCAGGCACUUCUGUCUUCCACUGCCUUCCGCAGUUUGGUCAAACUCAUGCUGGUAGCUUCGAGAACACUGUCCAACCAUCUCGUCCUCUGUCGUCCCCUUCUCCUUGUGCCCUCCAUCUUUCCCAACAUCAGGGUCUUUUCCAGGGAGUCUUCUCUUCUCAUGAGGUGGCCAAAGUCUUGGAGUCUCAGCUUCAGGAUCUGUCCUUCCAGUGAGCACUCAGGGCUGAUUUCCUUAAGAAUGGAGAGGUUUGAUCUUCUUGUAGUCCAUGGGACUCUCAAGAGUCUCCUCCAGCACCAGAAUUCAAAAGCAUCAAUUCUUCAGCGAUCAGCCUUCUUUAUGGUCCAGCUCUCACUUCCAUACAUCAGUACUGGGAAAACCAUAGCUUUAACUAUACGGACCUUUGUUGGCAAGGUGAUGUCUGCUUUUUAAGAUGCUGUCUAGGUUUGUCAUUGCUUUUCUCCCCAGAAGCAGGCGUCUUUUAAUUUUAUGACUGCUGUCACCAUCUGUAGUUGGAGACUAUUCAACUGUUAAUUGAAGGUUUGGAAAGAUGCUAAUUUCUGCUGCGAUGGGAUUUUUAAAGAGCAGAGUAGACAGUUUCCAUGUAUUAUUUCCUUCUCAAGGGUUUUUGUAACUACCCUCCUCUUAGCAAUUGCAAGAGAAAUUCCCUGCAUCUCUCUUGAAUCCUCCCUUUGUUCAUGAACUCAGAAUCCACACACAGACCCCAAAGUGCCCUUUUAAUCAUGUUUACAUUUUGUAGAAACAAAAUGCAGAUUUAGAUGGUGUUCAUGUUCUGUUUUAGACUGUGAUUUAGGAUUUGCCAUCCUGUUUUAAGCAAAAUCUGUGCCUAUGUAACCCAUAUGGCUUAAUUAGCACAAGAACUAGAAAUAUUACAAUUUAGCAGUCAGAUAGUAAGAGAGUCCUUGACUUGGGACCAGGGGUGGCUGGAGUGAUGCAGAACUGAGACUGUAAAAGACCUUUUAAAACUUUCUACCUUCUGGAAAUCCUUUUGCUCAGUCUGCUUAGAAACCUGUGACAAUUGUCACAAAACCUUUGUACAUUGUAGCAGAUUUGGGGGAAAUCACUCUGGAUCAGGAUAGAACAUUGGUUGUGGUUUAUCAAGCCACCGUCAGCUGGUUUGAGGUGGAAUGUAGGAAGGAAAAUGGUAACUGGUUCACUGGUUCAGUGAUUGGGCCCAUCGCAUACAAUCUUUGGGGCCAUAUGAUGUGACAUGCACUUCCCUGGUAUUGGGCGGAUUGCUCCUGCAGGACUUGGCAAUGGAGAUGCCUGCCCAAACUCUCAAUAGAUCUCAUGAUCUUGUAGGAUGUGGGGAGGGAGAGAGCACAGAUGACUGGAAAACUGCCUAAGAAGGAGCAAGGGUAACAAACAUGCGCAGGGUGCCGAGCAAGUGCCCUUCCCUCCAGCUAGCUCUUCAGUUGGGGUAGCAAGUUUGGCAACAAAUGCAAUAAAGCAAAGGUCCUCGCCCCACCUCUUCCUUGGCAUCUGCUUUUUUCUGCUGUCACCCCUACAGCUACUUUAUGUAUUUAGGACUCUGGCAGGCAGAAGUUUUGCCAUUGUGCAUUCUGAAGUCUUCAUUGAAGCCUUGUCUUGUCACUUUCAAACAUGCAAAUGAAGAGAGAAGUCUGUCGGUUGCUGAUGACACAAUAAUCUUAGUUCUGUACCAAGAACCUUUUCUUUACUACUGUUUCUAGGAAGACUGAGCAUUUGAGGUCUGUCUGAGAUCAAAGGUCAUCUAUUCCACUAACAGAACUAACUACCUCCCCCUCCUCUCAGUCAAUCAGUGCUUCUCUUGCAUACGUGGUUUCAGGAGGAAUAGCCAACAAACAUCAAGAACAAUAUUAUAAUAUAAAUGUAUCUCUCCUUUUUUCUAUAGAGAUAAUGGAGGGGUGCAUGAUGCUAUUCCUUUUUGUCCUAACAGGAACCCUGUGAGAUAGUUACAUUAACAGAGAGUUAUUUUCCCAAGACUGUUCAAUAAGCUCAUGAUGAACAAAAGUUUGAAUCCAAGUAUUGAGUCCACAACCAAUACCUUAUUCACUGUAAAACACUUGCUCUUACCACUUGAUCCAAGGCUUAGGGUUUAUGAUAGUAACUUUAAAAUUUACAUCAAUGUUGGGCUAAGAAUAUGCCUUUGUCAAGAUGGACUUUGUGCCAUUUAUAGCAUUCGGUAUUUUUUCAUAUGGCCAUAAGACACUUUGGCCAGCAAUAAAUUGAAGAUAUUGCCCAUCAUUGCAAUGGUGGAUUAUAUAAAAGGGGAUAUGCAUUAUAGAUAAUGUUUGUUUAUAUAUAAAGGGGAUAUGCAUCGUGCUGCAUAUUUGUGGAGGCAGUGGAACUUUGAGGUUGGGCUGUUUCUCAGGUUUUAUCCAGUUUCUUGUAUAUUUUGGCUGGAUCAGAUUUUUUAAGGUUAGACUUCAUUGGAGGAGUCUUUCCACAGACCUAUUUGUCACCUGCAAGAAACUUGAUGAAGAAGCAGGGGGGUGAGGGAAGAUAAAUGUGAUGCUACCAGAAGGGAUAGCUCAGUCAGUAGAUAAUGAGACUGUUAAUCUCAGGGUUGUAGGUUCAAGCUCAGUGUUGGGCAAAAGAUUCUUGCAUUGCAGGGGGCUGGACUAGAUUACUUUUGUAGUCCCUUCCAACUCUACAGUUCUAUGAUUCUAAGUCAAAAUGUUGUCAUACUUCUCUCAUUUAAUUGCUAAGAGAUUAAAGCUUUCAGUAAAAUUAAUAUCACCUGUAAAACUUCAUUCCUCGGUUUGGAACUCUAGCCUCUUCGCUUGAUUCUUGUGCCUGAAUCAGAAAUUGUCAUUGUCUUAUGUUGAGUUUAGGUUUAGUAGAUACAGGUCUUUGCUACUUCUAGUGAGAGAAGUUUGCAUGUCAGAUUGACAUUUCUUAUAGUUUGAAAGAGAAUGAGAGGCCCUUAAACUUUGUUGUUCUGGACUGUUGGUCCUGAGUUGCUGGAAAAUAAUAAAGACUUGUGGGGUUUUUUUGGUUUUGAAAGAAAAAAAGAGGAGGCUCUUCAUUCCUUCUUCAGUCCCUGCUGCUUCCCACUUCCCAGCUUUGCAUGCAAAGAGCUUAGGUUCAAUUUCUGGCAUCUCUAGGUGGAUUUAAGAUAUAUAUAUAUAUAUAUAUAUAUAUAUAUAUAUAUAUACACACACACACACACACACACACACACACACAGGCUGGCACCCCUCUGGAGGCUUUACCUGGGGCAAAGAAACCUGGCUAGCCCCACCCCCUAAGCUAAAGCAGCUUCCUGUGUUCCUAUUUUGGGAUUGAUAUUCCUUUACUUCAGUGGGUGUUGGGAUGCUCAUAUUUGCCCUUGCAGGGAGACCAGUCCAGAUUCGAUCAGGAUUUGUAGUAUAGAGGUAUUAAAUUAAAUAACUAUUGUUUGUUUGCUGCAUCUUUAUGCUAACUUUUAUCUUAGGAGCUCAAGGUAAUAUGCGUAGAAUUGGAGUUGGAAAGGACCACCAGGAUCAUUUAGUCCAACCCCCUGCAAUGCAGGCAUUUUUUGCCCAAUGUGGGGCUUGAACCAUAAUUUCUCUCUCCCUCAGACACACACAUGCUCAUAACAGGCAUGCCAGGGGGUUGGACUAGGUACGUUAGUUUGAGAUAUGAAGGGUAUAGUCCAGGGGUCAGCAAACCUUUUCAGCAGGGGGCCGGUCCACUGUCCCUCAGACCUUGUGGGGGGGCCGGACUAUAUUUUGAAAAAAUAAAUAAAUGAAUUCCUAUGCCCCACAAAUAACCCAGAGAUGCAUUUUAAAUAAAAGCACACAUUCUACUCAUGUAAAAACACGCUGAUUCCCAGGCCGUCCGCAGGCUGGAUUUAGAAAGCGAUUGGGCCGCAUCCGGCCCCCGGGCCUUAGUUUGCCUACCCAUGGUAUAGUGUAUAUAGCUGAGUGGUGAACUGGAAAUCUCACAUUCUGUACGUUACCCACAGAGGCUCUCCCAGAACCCCUCCCUUUUUUUACAACUUUGACCAGGGAAUGGAAGACGUUUCCUCCUUCCAUCAAGACUGUUGCCGCAUGAUUGCAGUUCUAAAAUCUAUGUGUGUCCCUGUUUCUGUGACCAUGUUUUUAAAGCAGAUUCAUAUGUAUUCUUUUUGCCACGGAGAUAGCAACUGCUCUUUGGACUUUGUCAUCUUCUUAAGUGACUUGGCCAAAGAAACCAUUCUGAAACAAUGUCAGCUGUGUGCUGUGGUCAGGAGAGGGUUAAGAGGGCACGGCUUUGGCUUGGCUUCUGCUGGUUUUCCUGAGGUGUUCUGGCACAUUCCCCAGACCAUCCCCUGGAGGUAAACAUCAAGGUGCACUAGGUGAGAUCAUUCCUAUGCAGAGUUCAGUCCUGGUUGCUCACAGCUUUGCACAACUUGUAGCUCACCCGACCCCAGUGGAAUAAAUGCUUCACCAGAGUUUCGAGACAUGAUUCAAAGGCUCAAGAAGGCUCUGAGAGAAUUGCCUUUAAUGGGGAACUGUGUGAGUGAAUAUAGUGGGUGAGUUCCUCUUCUUUCUUUUUUAAUUUUCUUCCUUACUAGUUGUUGAUUUACUUUGGCAGCAUGUUUCUCAAAAGUAUAUGUAGAAAAUUUUCACAUAUCUGGGGGGCUAGAAAGGAGCCUGUUCUGUACUUCACCAAUCAAUAAAAUGUUUUUAGAGACACUAUCCUGUAACAGGAACCCUUGUUUCAAAAUAGCACCGCUAUCAGAGGAAGGCUGUUUUGAAAGACUAGCUCUUUCCAUUGGUGAGUAAAAGGGGGGUGUUAUAAGGUUUGAUAAACACUGUCUCCUCCAUGCCUCUGUUCCCAAAGUGAAUUUACAACUUCUCAGAUUUGAUUUUUGAAUGUGUCCUAAUAUGUGGAAAAUUACAUAGACUAACCCUUUGCUGCAUGCACUGUUUUACACUUAAUAUGUUGUGGUUUACACUGGUUUUCACAUGUUGAUAAAACAGACAUCAGUAAUGAAAGGCUCAGUAACAUGACAAGUUUUUGGGGAACACUUUUCUGUCUAGGUUUGCUAACUUUUGUGGAUGAUUUAUGCCAGCAUGUACAGGUGGUUUCAGUAAUAUGUAAACAUUGGUUGCCCUAAUUUGUUGAUUGCUUGUGAGCUGCAUUUUGUACUUCGAUCAACCACUUUUAGGCUGCAAUUUUAUGUUGACAUUGACAACUCUCUAAUGAUAAAACCUUGCCUUCCAGUCAUAUGGGAAAUCAUUCCUUCACAUAGAUACAGCAUAAACCCUGUAUACUUCCAUGUCCUGUUUUGCACUGUUUUGGACAAUAAUUUAGAACCAUUGGUAUAUAUAGAUUUUUAAAUAAGAUUGCAGCCUUUCUCUGAUUGGAAUAAAUGAUGUUAUUGUUUUGCAUGAUUAGUUUAGUUUAAUACAUUGUGCUGAAUACUACAGAUAUGCUAAGUGACAAUGAGCCAGUGUAUUCAGUUUUCUUGACUGAGAUCUGAAACUGCUUUAUCUUUUCUCCUUGAGUGAUAGGAUGCAUUUUAUGGAGUUUUGAGUGCUUACUGCUUACCUCUCCAGUGUUAAAUACUGGGCCUAACCUUUUUUUUUUUUUUUUAACUGGUUAAUGGUAGCAAUAUACAGUCAUACCUCGGGAUAAAUGUGCUUCAAGUUAAGUAUUUUCGGGUUGCGCUCUGCGGCGAUCCAGAAGUAAUGGAGCGUGUUACUUCCGGGUUUUGCCACGCGUGCAUGUGCAGAUGGUCAAAAUGACAUCAUCCGCGGAAGUGGCGACACGCGCAGACGUGGGUUGUGUUCGCUUCAGGAUGUGAACAGGGCUCUGGAACGGAUCCCGUUCGCAUCCCGAGGUACCACUGUAUACUUGUAAAUACUAUCUACCAUUAAUGUGGUAGUGAACAUGGAUACAUCUUUGAAUAUUCAGGAGCUUUUAAGCUAGAAACUCUGAAAAAAUCAAAACAACAGCUUUUUGCAGCACCAUGAGUCAGUUCAGUAAAACUGAGACUGCAGUCCUCUAAAGAAUUUACAUUGCUGGUGUCCAUUUGGAACUUUUGCUUUUGUUUUAGUCAAGUGCCUGAUGAACAAACUCUGGAAAAUGAUUCCCCUCGGAUUCCAAGAUCUGCAAUUGAAAAGCAGGAAAGUGGCAGUAAUGCGUCCCUUGUUCCACUGUCCCCUCCCGAAAUACCACAAGGACAAGAGGAAAGGGAGGAAAUGUCAGAUUCUUCUGAUGUGAGUGCCUGCAGCGCUACAUAUAGUAACUUAGGUAAGCACCUUGCAUCAGCACAGAAAUAUAUUGUUUCUUAUUUCUUUAUGUGUUGUCUGAGUUUUUCACGUUCACUUGAAAAACUGAUUAUGAGAAUAUGCAUUGGUUUAAUGUUCUUAUGGGAACAAACAGACCUUUAUAUGUGUUCAGAACUCAUAAAAAUAAAUAUUGUUGCUUAACUUUUUGUGCCUCCCAAACUUUUGAAGUAAAGAUUUAAUUUUUAAAUGUUCUAUGUACUCUUUGAGUUAAAUUUUAUUUGAAAUCCAUUUUAAUGAAAACUCCAGCACCCCAUGUGCAAUGACCUCAGCAAUAGUUAUACCAUAAAAAAUGUAGAUGACUUUAAGAACAUGUUUGAUAGGUGCUAAAUGAGUAUAUGUAGAAGGAGAUGUGAAAGGUUUAAGGAAGUCAAUGCUACAAUGCUAUGGGGCUUCAAAUGUUCAACUGAACAUAGUUCUAACUGAAGAUAACAUUUGCCUUGUAUAUACUGUAUUCCAACUAUGUUUUUAUAAAUACAGAUUUUUAUUUAGGUCUUCAGGGCAAUGACUAACACCUAACAAAUAAUUGCAGUCUCUCUGUAUAUUCUCUGUUAUAGUGAUACUGGUUUAGGUUCUGAAGUUUCAGUCUUCCCACUAAAGAAUUACUUCCUGUCCAGCCUUAAACUGAGAUACUCAUGCUCCUCUUCAUUCUCUCAAUGAAAAUGUCUUGUGCAUAUGUAUCUUUCUAAGUAAAACAAAUACAAUGACUGUUUUCUAUUGUCACAUAGGGCAAUCCAGAGCAGCUAUGAUACCUCCAAAGCAACCGCGGCAACCAAAGGGGGCUUUGGACGAUGCCAUUGCUUUUGGGGGAAUAUCUGACCCAGACAUGACAGCUACCUUACAUCCCACACCACCUCCAUUGCCAAAGAAAACCAUUAUAAGAGCUCACACGGAACCACUUCCAAAUGAACACCAAAAUCAGGCCCUUGAAAGUGUCCUGUGUGUGAUGGCCAAUCCAACUUAUGACAUUGACACCAACUGGGAAGCAAACAGUGCCUGCUCUUCUGUCAGCUCCGAAUUCAAGGCAAUGGACCAUGAGUCCGGAGAUUCCUUGGACAGGCCUCCAGAAAAGGGACUGGCAAUCUCAGCAGCAGCCAAUGGUUUUUCCAAUCUAACUGCUAUCGGUGUGAAAGACAGGUGUUCCAAUAGUAUGGAGUUUCUGUCAGGUAGACCUGCUACCCACAGCAAACAUGGCAAGACUGUCCAGAAACCACAGAGACAAGCACUUUAUAGAGGAAUCGAAAACCGAGGGGAGGUGGUGAGCAGAAUUAGAAGCCUUCACACUGAUUCCCUGAAGAAACUGUCUGCCAAAUGUGAAGACCUUUUCAUGUCUGGGCAGAAAGAUCAGCUUCGAUUUGGGCUAGACAGCUGGUCAGACUUCAGAUUAACCAGUGACAAGCCAUGCUGUGAGGCUGGUGAUGCUGUCUACUACCCAGCUUCUUAUGCAAAAGAUCCACUCAACAACUAUGCAGUCAAGGUAAGAAGAUAAUUUAAAAGAGUCGCUCCACUAAUCAUAUUCCAGAACUGUACUUAAUGUCCAUUGCAUUUCAUUACUAUUGACUUUGUGCUUAGCAGCUACAAAGAAACAUGUUCUUUUGUGAGAGCUAGUGAAUUUUUAAUUAGUGAAAUAUUACAUUUAUGGCAGCAUAUAAAAAUGCAAUACAGUUAAAACAAUAAACAACAAUACCUACAACCUCAAAACAGUAAUUUCAUCCUGAUCCUAAAUAAUUGUAUUUUUAUCUUGUGAACCACCCUGAGAUCUCUGGAUGGAGUGUUGUAUAUAAAUCCAAUAAAUAAGUAAUAAAUAAAUAAUUGCAGCAGAAUAACAGGAUUUUAUUAUUAGCUUAGGGCCAUAUUUGGGUUUACAUGCUUGUAUAUCCUGUUAUAAACUUUUAUUUGCUAGAGCAGCAAUUUUUAGGAUCAUUCUUUAAGCCCUUUCUCAUACAUUCCAUUCCAUAUGUUUCCAGGAUGGUCCUGGGAAAAUGCCCUCCAAUGACCCUUCAGAAAUGCAUUGAGUAAACAAAACCUGAGGAUGUUAGUGCCCCAAAUUCCUUCUUUCUUUAAAGUGAAUUUUUUGGCCUCCCUUUGUUUGUUUUUUUACCCUUCUGACUUUUAAAACAAAAAAAACUAUUCUUGCCUAUUUAGCAUACUGCUGUUAUAAUGAGUUACUGUAUAUGAGGAGCUACACUUUUCCAUUAUUUAUACAGAGGAGCAACUUAAAUUAUUUUGUUUCUAUUUAUUUUCAAAAGUGUAUAUUAUUUUAUUAAAGUUAAAGUGGUUUACAAUGUAGAAAUUAGGAUAAUACAUAAUUUUACAGAAAAAUAUAAUAUUUUUAAAAAUACAUUACAGAUUGCAAUUGGAUGCAGACUUUUUAUGGCAAGGACUUACAGAACUAUGAUUUCACCACCUAAGGACCAAAUUGCAUUUGAUAUUAGUCAGGUAUUUAAACAAUUGUGCUUCUCCUGGUCACUUUUAAUUUGAAGAAAAGUUAGCUGCAGGGUCCCAGUCUGAAAUGUGCUCUCAGUUGGGAUCCUGCACAGGUUUUCUGCUGAAAAUCACUGCCUGCUUGGUUUUUGUUUCCCCUGAUACUACUGUUUGCAGUAAACAACACUUUCAGCAAUGAAAAGCAGCCAGGUGGGGACAGUUUUCAGUACAAAACAUGUGCAAGGCUCUAAUCAGAUACACAUUCUGGAACAGUGCACUGUGGGAGAGAGUACCCAACAUGACUGCUGCUGAGUACUUUCACAUUAGCAGUUUUGGUUGCAGAGGGUCUGCAGGAUGUGGCGACCAGCAGGAAGGGGAGGGGAUGAGAGAAAGAGAAAGCAUUGCAGAAUUACAGAUGUUGAAGCUGGGAAUUGGAUCUGACAUGUUGAAGAGUAUUGUCCAAAAUAAUUAUGCAGAUCUCACCAAUGGAGGUGACUUUGACAGUGCUUUUCAAAGGCACCCUUUGUUCUUUGAAAGAUAACUGUCAAACAAAGCUGCAACCAUGGUUUCAGUACUAUGCCCAAGCUAAAAUCUAGACUGACAAGAAUUCAAAACCAAACCAAAUUGAGAAAUUGUACUCCUGCUCAACAGCCUUUGCCAGAAACAGAAGUUUAGAAACAAGGCAUUAGCUGUGGAGUUUGUCUCCAGAUUACAGUGUGAGCUAGAUCUCUUGAAGUCAUCUACCAAAUGUUUGCCGGUGUACCAGGGGUGGGGUGGGGGUAAGAUAUCAGUAUACCAAAGACUAGUGCACCAAAAUGCUCUGAACUGGGCAGCAGCCUAAGAUGACCAUUGGUGCCAAGGGAGAUGCAAGGUCAUAUGACCCAAUACAGUUUCUUAUCUGUGGGCUCAUCCACACUUCCAUUUGUCCCAUGAUUUCUAGGCAUGGGCUCAAGAGGUUUUUCUUUUGUAUCACCGCUUUCCCCAGGAAAAUCUGUAGUUUACUGUUGAUUCAGAACAAGCACCAAUCCACAGAAAACCCGAUUUACCUUUGUUCUAAUUCAGCAGUAUACAGCAGGUUUUCCUGGGACCAAAGAUGAACCUCUUGGACGCACGCCUAAAAGCAUGGGACAAGCAGACGUGUAGUUGAGCCCCAAGUCUCUGUUCAAGCCAACCAUCACCCUGUAAGGUUCAGCAGUUGCCAGUCAUACAGAAAGGACUAUACCAUAUAAAUGUUCCAUAAUACUUGGUUCCAUGCCAAGUGCUGUUUUACAAGAUGUUAAUUGGGUUUGUCACAAACUUUAUAAAGGGAAUAAAAUCUGUUUAACACAGACCUUUAGUUUAGCUCAAGUGUUAAUUUCAUUCUGUAGAUUCUAUUACAUACAACUGUAAUAUAAAAUCACAUUUAAUGUACUUGUAUUGAAAACAGAUAUUUAAAUUGUCCAAUUCAUUGUGGUCAAAAAUUACCCAAUCUUGCUGUGAACCCAUAACACAGGGCUGCCUACUAGAUUUAAAAAUAUUCACAAGUGGCAAAACAUGUACAAAGUAUCCCAUUAAGAUAAAGAAAUUAUGCCCUAUAGGCCGCAUAUUCAGCAGGUGCAGCCAUAUUGAGUUAUUUCUAUGGCAUGGAGCCCAGCUCAACUAAUUGGAGGCAUGGUUCUCAUUUCAUCUUGAUAAGAACAAGUUUAAUUGAUUUCCUUGAGAAACUGAUAGUGUGAUUUUUAUUUAACUUACCAUGAUUAUUUUGUAGAAAUAAAAUGAACCAUGGAUUAGUUUUAAAACCAUGCCUAAAUAUUACACAUUGAUGUCCUGUCAAAAUACACCCAGACUUGUUCGUGAGUGUGCCAUUUAUUCUGAUUAAGUACAGUAACAAAGCUUUUCUCAGGUAUGGCAGAAAUAAAGCUCCACAGCAUCUUACCCUCUUUUUGCUAAGUAGGUCAAGUUGUAGGGUGGUAUAGAUUAACUAUAAUUGCUCACAUCCUAGCUCCUUUCAGCAACAAAAGCACAGGAAUUACUGUAAUACUUUGUAAGACAAUGUGAAGCUUUAAAAUACAGUGGUACCGCAUGUUACACGCAGGUUACGCGUUUUCGGGUUGUGCACCGUGCUAAACCCGGAAGCAUCGGAAUGGGUUACUUCCAGGUUCGGUGCUUGCACAUGUGCAGAAGAGCCAAAUCGCGACCUGCGUGUGUGCAGACACGGCGCUGUGGGUUGCAACGCUGCGGGUUGCAAACGUGCCUCCUGCACGGAUCAUGUUUGCAACCCGAGGUUCCACUGUACUACAGUGGUACCUCUGGAUACAAACACUUCUGGUUGCACAAGUGUCAGGUUACAAGCUGUGCUAACCUGGAAGCAGUUGCUCCCGGAUGCGAACUUUGCUUUGGGAUGCAAGCAGAAAUUACGCGCCAGAGGCACGCAUGCAGCUGGAGACACACUUUCACUAAUGGCGCCUCAUGUUAAGAACAGCUUCAGGAUAAGAACGGACCUCCAGAACGAAUUAAGUUCAUAACCAGAGGUACCACUGUACUCUCAAAGUCAGCAUCCUUUUCUCAUAAAGCUUCUGACUUGCAUAAUAAAAUUUGUUGUUAUAAAAAACCUACACUGCUGUGUUAUACAUAACACAGACCUGUGCUCACCCCAUCAUGAUAAUCUGCAUCCUAUAAUGAUGAGGGGGAGUUGGAAUACAAAAGAUAGGGGUGCUGUAAGAUGUUUCCUUUAUUACCCAGACAGUCCAUCCUCUGACAACCCGUUCUGCACCUCAGUUUAUCAAUUAUGAUGACAGAAAUUCCCUAUGGAUGUAAGAAUAACUAAACAGAAGCUGUUUCAAUUAAUGGUGCCCUAUUUUCAGAUACAGAGAGAAUAUAGGCAACCAAUUUUACCACUUCUGCACCUGCACUUUGAAGGAUUAUAUAGACAGUUAACUUCUGAAUGAGAGAUUUUACCCGGAUAGUUUGCCUUGGCUCAAGAAGGAGCCAAACUGCAUAUCGUAGAAUCAUAGAAUCUUGGAGUUGGAAGGGACCCUGGGGGUCAUCUAAUCCAACCCCUUCCAAUGCAGGAAUCUCAGCUAAAGCAUCCAUGACAGAUGGCCAGCCAAACUCUGCUUAAAAACCUCCAAGGAAGGAGAGUCCACCACUUCUCAUGGGUGUCCGUCCCAUUAAAAUAAAAAGCAGGUUGCAGUAUCAAAAUCUCACUACUCUGAACCUGCAAAUAUUUGACUUUUUGUGUCCUUUGAGCUCAAUUGUGUGUUUGCUUUGGAGCAGGAGCUAAUAUUUACUUAUUUUUAUUCAACAAGAUUGACAUACUGCUUAAUAAUAAUAAUAAUAAAUUUCUAAGCAGUGUGCAUGUUCAAUUUUUAAAAGCAAUAAAAACAGUAAAUAUAAUGGGCUGAAUCCAACUAAGUUGUUACUCAGAGCUGAACCAUGAAUUUGCAUCCAAGUUGAGCCAUGCUUGGGGCAGACCCAUUGAAAUGAAUGGAUGCAUGGCUUACUUUGAGUGGAACUUACUUGGCUACCACCCUGUUCAUUUCAAUUGUCUACUGUGAGUUUGAGUAACACUGGAUACAAUCCAUUAAAAUGAUCAAAAUAUCAGAUAAACAGGCAUCCUUUACUGCUGCUGUAGUAUUGGGUGUUUUCUCUCCUUCCAAUAAUGGAACACAACUAUUUUGACAAGGGUCAUAGCUCAGUGGUGGAACACCAGCUUGGCAUGCAGAAGGUUCCAGGUUCCAUCUCCAUGUAGGGCUGGGAAUUGCCCCCUUCCUGAAACCCUAGAGAGCCACUUCCAGUUAGUGUAGAUAAUACUGAGCUAGAAAGACUCAACAGAAGACAUCCCAAAGCCAGAUGUCACAUACUCAGUUGUGAGAUUUUGCGCUGCCAUGAUGGACAUCCAUCAAAGGAUGGUUUGUGGCACAAACCAGGCCUAAACUGGAGGCCCAUGAUGCAAGACCUGUGCUGCUUCACAUUCCCUCCCUUAUGGUCACUUUUAACUGCUUGUCUUUUGUUUUUGUUUUAGGUUUAUGUGAGUUAUAAUCACUUUUAAUAUUAGCUUUUAUCCCUUUCCUCUUCAAGUUUUAUGUGCUUUAUUUUAUUUGCAUGUUUUUAUCUUAUACUGGUCUGCAUAAGAUAGCUUCCUAUUGAAAUCAGCCCUCUGUUCAGAACCAUGAGGACUAGAAUCUUUUUUAUUUUAAUGGAGCAUUCCAUUUUUGCCUCUUCAGUGCAAAGCUCCUCUUUCUCUGGUUGAGAAGUGUUAAGUUGUGGGUGAACAUAUCAGACGACACAGCGAUUCUUCCAAAGCUGCUCUUUAUUUGUAAGCUGGAACAGAACUGAACUGAAGAGCUCAGUCAGCCUGCUUAUAUAGAGCUCCAGAACAACGUAACUGUAGCAACUUUCUAAAACUAUCCAAUCACUGAACAUCACUUUCGAUCCUUCAUUUGCAUAACUAUCUACAGUAUCCCCCUGCUGGCCCAGGGUGAGAACUUCAGUACAUAACACCCCUCCCCACCGAGAUAAGGCGUUAGUUACAAUCGUAAUGGUUUCUUUAUAUACAGCACUACACGUAAUGGUUCAAUUAGGCACAAAAGCAUAUCGGUUACAUUUCACAUACUUAGACCAACAGUGAUACAUGUCCAACAACAUAGUCCCUUAAAUAAGUUGGGCGCUUGGAAACUCUGCCAGACCGCCGGGGACUGGUAGCCAAGUCCGGGGGGCCACACAAUUCUUGCUGAGGCUGGGGUGCGACCCUAGGUCCACCCUGGAUCCACCGCUGUGGGUGGAACCUCCGCAAGUGGAGUUGGCGGAAUGUCAGGCACGGCAGUGGUCUGAGUCUGUGGGAAGUCCAGCAGACCCUCUGAAGUGGCUUGGUUUGGCUCCACGCCUGCAGUUUGCGAGAGAGGUGUAGGUGGAGCCUCGCCAUCUAUAAGUGUCUGUUCCGGAGCCAUGAGCGCAGUUGGGGGCACCACGGUAGUGUCCAAGUCCCCAACCCUGCGCCUAAGCUGGUCUAUGUGCCGGUGACACAAGUGUCCGUCUUCGAGUGCCACCUGGUAUGAGCGAGGUCCAGUGACUCCAACUACUGUGGCUGGCACCCAAGGAAUGUCCCCCACAAAGUUCCGGGCAAAGACCUGGUUUCCUGGAACAAAGACCAUGGCGCGUUGGCACAGCCUGGGGGUUCGGCCAUGGCAAAGUCUGGGUGCGGCCGGUCGAUCGGGGACCUGAGGCAGCGGCCCAUAAGCAGUUUGGCAGGACUCCGCCUUGUGGCCGCAUGAGGGGUGAUGUGUUGUACGAACAAGUAUUCAGCAACCCGCUCGUGCCAGUCUCCCCGGUCCAGGCGCACCAGUGCCUCUUUUGCCGAGUGCACCAUUCUCUCUGCUUGCCCGUUGCUGGAUGGAUGAAAUGGUGCCUUUAGGGCAUGGCGGAUGCCCAGUCCCAAAAGGUACCGCUCAAAAGUGCCUGAAGUGAACUGUGGUCCGUUGUCGGAGACAAGGACAUCAGGACACCCAUGCGUCGCAAAGAGGCCUCGCAGCACCCGGAUGACGGCCUUGGUAGUGGUGGAGGGCAUCAGGGCCACCUCCAGCCAUUUGGAAUAGGCGUCCACCACUACCAUAAAGGUCCGGCCGUGAAAGGGGCCAGCCAGAUCGAUGUGCACCCUCGACCAGGGUGUCUUUGGCGUCUCCCAGGUGUGUCCCUUAGCUGCCGGUGGCGCAGGCCUCGAUUCUUGGCACGUGAUGGCAUCGUCCAUGUUAGGCCACCAGACGUAACACCGAGCCAACGCCUUCAUUUUGACGAUUCCCGGGUAGCCAACGUGCAGAGCCUCAAGGACACGUUGACGGAGUCUUUGGGGAAUCAUGACGUGGUCUCCCCACAGCAGACAGCUGCAAUGAGCCGAGAGUUCGUGUUGUCUGGUUGCGAAGGGCUGGAACCCCAAUGCAAAAGGCCCUUGUGGCCCCCCCCCUCCACACCCAGUUGAGCACACGGCUGAUGGUGCGAUCCUGGGCAGAUGCGGAGGCCACAGUGGCAGCUGAUACAGACGCUGCCGGAAGAUCCUCAAUCAGGAGGAGCGAUGAAGCAGGAGCCGGGUCUUCCACAAACACUGGAAGAGGGCAACGGCUGAGGGCGUCGGCAUGGCCCAUCGAUUUCCCCGGGCGAUGGACGAGCUGGUAGUAGUAGGCUGCCAGGAAAACAGUCCAUCACAGCGUACAGGACCGGAGGAGUUGGACGAUCAUCAGCGAGGAGACCCAGGAGUGGCUUGUGGUCGGUGAUGAGGUCAAAAGUCCUGCCGUAGAGGUAUUCAUGGAACCUCUUCACUCCAGCCACAAGUGCCAGUGCCUCCUUGUCGAGCUGGUUGUAAUUCCGUUCAGUCAGAGAUAGCGUCCUGGAAAAGUAGGCGAGCGGUGCUUCUCUUCCAUCUGGAAAACGGUGACUAAGGACAGCGCCAAUGCCAAAAGGUGAGGCGUCGCAGGCAAGGACCAGCGGCCUGGCUUCACUGUACUGUACCAGCACACUGUCCGAUGAAAGGAGAGCCUUAACCGUGUUGAAGGCCGCCGUCUCCCGAUGACCCCAGGACCAAGGUGUCUUUGUGCUGAGGAGUCGGUGAAGAGGCUCAGCCCCCAGGCUUUGUGGGGCAGGAACAUGUUAUAAAAGUUCAGCAGUCCCAGGAACGCCUGCAACUCCGUCUUGUUCUUUGGGAUGGGGGCCUGCUGGAUAGCGCGGAUCUUGGAUGUGGUCGGGUGAAGGCUGGAGGUGUCGAUAAGAUAACCCAGGAACUCCACCUGUGGAACGGCGAUCUGGCACUUCUCCCUCUUUACCUUGAGCCCGGCCUCCUGGAACCUGGUCAGCACGGCGCGGAGGCGCUCGAACAGCUGCUGGUGUGAGUCUGCGGACACCAAGACAUCAUCAAAAUAUGGUACCACGCCCGGAAGCCCUUGCAGGAGACGCUCCAUAGGGCUUUGGAAGAUGCCAGGAGCCACACUCACCCCGAACUGCAAACGGCUGCAACGGAAUGCCCCUCAGUGGGUGACGAUUGUCUGGGCUUCAGCAGUGGCAUCAUCGACAGGCAGUUGUUGAUAGGCUUGGGCAAGGUCCAGUUUAGCAAAGACCUUACCCUCACCCGGGGAAUGCAGCAGGUGUUGGACAACAGGAACCAGAUAAGCGUGCUGCUGAAGUGCCUUAGAAUCAUAGAAUCAUAGAGUUGGAAGAGACCACAAGGCCCAUCGAGUCCAACCCCCUGCCAAGCAGGAUCGUGCACUUGUAGUCAGCGCAGAUUCUCACUGACCCGUCUGGCUUGACAGGUGUGACGAUGGGGGUUUCCCACUUGGCGUGGUCAACCGGCGCCAAAACUCCUUGGGCGAUCAGCUUGUCCAGUUGUUCGUCCACCUUAGCCUUGAGAGCAAAGGGAACCCGGCGUGGCUUUAGCUUGAUGGGGGCGACUUGUGGAUCAAGGCUAAAAGAGAUGGUCGUACCUGUAUAUUGCCCCAAAGUGCCGUCAAAAACCUCGGCAAAGUCUUUGACCAGACCCUCAGUCUCUACGUUAGAGAUGCAGUUGAUGCCGGUGACCUCCAGGCCGAGGGCAUCAAACCAGUCUAGCCCUAGGAGGCUUGGCCGCUGACCUUUGACCACCACCAGUCGGAGCAGACCCGAAAAAUCCUUGAAGGCGAUCCGGAACCGGCCAAUGCCUACCAUGGGAAUGCUGUUUCCCUGGUAGUCUCUCAGGUGUAUACGGUGAGAGUCGAGUUGCCUUUUGGACACUCUGGGUACCAGUCUUUUGAUGGUGCUCCAAGACACGAUGGACAGGGCAGACCCGGUGUCGAUCUCCAUGUCACAUGGAGCUCCUUCAAUGAGCACCGUGACGUUCAGCUUGCGUCGUGUAGGCGAAUCGGUUUGGCCAAUCAUGGUUCCAGAUGGGCAGCAGCAGUUGGGAGAGCGAAACAGCUUUCCUUGGUGGACUGGAGUGAAGCCUUGGACUUGCGAGUCAGUGAAGGGGGGGUGUCAGCCGGAGCCGAUCGGCAGACCUUAGCGAUGUGGCCCCUUCUGGAACACUUCCGACAGAUGGCAUCUCUGAAUCGACACUUGGCACGGGAAUGGUUGCCUCCACAGCCGGCACAUUCCGAUUGGCCCUUGGACUUCUUUUGGAACUUCCUGCACUCCCGCUUUGUCUGGUGCACGUCAUCGUCUUCACUGGAGGAUGCCUCAUCACUGCUGGCCUCUUCAUGAUGCACUGGAACUGGCUUUCUAGCAAGACACGGGCUGCUGGCCUUGUGGAUCUCCUGGGCGGAGCGUUUGGCAGCUUCCGAGGCCACGGCCUCCUCAAUGGCUUUCUGCAGCAUGAGGUCUGGCGUAGCGAGGAGACGCCGUUGCAGACGGAUGUCCCGGACCCCACAGAUGAUUCGAUCCAUCAGGGCAUCGUCUAAGUCUCGGAACUCGCAGUGCAUUGCAGCCUGUUGGAGGGCGCUGGUGUAGUUGUUGAUUGACUCCCCCUCUGCCUGGUUCCGGUGGUAGAACGCAUGGCGGGCAGCAAUCUUCAACGGCUUUGGUGCGUAGUGGUUGCGGAGCUUCUCUUGGAUCGUGUCCCAUGGUGUUGCCUGGACUGCUUCAGGCGCAACCAAUGCUCGGGCCGUCUCAAACACCUCAGGCCCACAGAGGCUGAGGAAUAGGCCCCGCUUCCGCUCCUUUGAUACUUCUGUCAGCUCGUUGGCUUGGAGGUAGCAGUCGAACCAAGCGAGGUAGGAGUCCCAUGAUUCAGAGGCUGGCGCAAACGGCGGUAGAGGCACAAGUGAAGCCAUGAUUCUGAUGCCGGCGUGGAGGGCAAUGGAUGGAACACUGUGCUCUAGCCAGAACAGUCAGCUCUGAAUUGGUUCUGUUCAGUGAUUUUGCUCAGUGAUUCAGCUCAGUUCAGAGGGUGGCUGCAUCUGGCUGUGCUCUGAUGUCCAUCGAUCGAUCCCACCUUUGUCGCCAGUGUUAUGUUGUGGGCGAACAUAUCAGACGACACAGUGGUUCUUCCAAAGCAGCUCUUUAUUUGUAAGCUGGAACAGAACUGAACUGAAGAGCUCAGUCAGCCUGCUUAUAUAGAGCUCCAGAACAACGUAACUGUAGCAAUUUUCUAAAACUAUCCAAUCACUGAAUGUCACUUUCGAUCCUUCAUUUGCAUACAAACUAUCCAAUCACUGAACAUCACUUUCAAUCCUUCAUUUGCAUAACUAUCUACAGUAUCCCCCUGCUGGCCCAGGGUGAGAACUUCAGUACAUAACAAGAGGUUUGGUCUUUAGAGCUGAAACAGAGCUAGGGUGGUUUUUUCAGGCCAACUCUUUGCUUUUACAGACGCAGGUUGCACCUGAUAGGAGUCAGGAACCACAAAAGCAGCAGUCCUGGACAGCUUGGACAGGCAGCUGCAUGUUUUGGGGAACUUCUGAGGAUCAGCUUGGGGUAGCACCACAUGCGAUGCCAGGGGCCCACUUUCCCUUGGGGAUGAUCUGUUGUGGGGCGGAGAGGGGGGUUGGCUGCAGGCAGAGCCGGAGCAAAGCAUGGGUGGAGUCUGUAAUAAUGCAUGUCCUCCGCUGCACCCCAUCUAUUUGAUUUUGCACUGAAAGCACACUAUUUCUUAAAUCUUGCUUCUUAGAUUGAAAGCAGAACCAGACUCCGUCUUGAAUGCAGACUUGAAAUGGGAAUUUGGAUUCAGAUUCAGUCUGUCUUCCAUCUUAAUAUAGAUAAUUUGAUUUCUUUGUAUGUUUUUAUGGGGAACAGGGAAAAGGUUAUAAACAUUGAUGGGAUUCUAACAGGGACUUCUUCACGGUUCAGAAGUUACCUGUGUGGAGCUAAUCUCUGAGCACAGGUGUGAUAUGCAGACAAGGCCCCAGUCCCUCCAGCAAUCGUGCUACAGCAUUCUGUACUAACUUCCAAGGGAAGUCCCACAUAUGCAAAUAAUAUAGUAGUUCUGCUGUCACCACAUUUCUUACUCUGAAGAAUAGUCGCUAAUAGACUAGAUCUGUUUACAGUCUGCUUAUAUUUCCAUCUGAAAAUCAGCUCAAACCAUAAGCAGCAUUUGAGAGAAAAGGCUUUGCUUUUGGCAUCCAAUUUUGGUUUUCAAACACUUGUAUACUAAUAAUACAUCAGUUGUUCCACUGAACUAAUUAUAAUUUUUCAUCUUUGCAUGAUGACUUUGUGCUGACUAAAUUGUUUUCAGUCAUUUUUAGGCUGGGCACAUCACACUACAGAAAAGGGAUUGAACUACAUAAACACAUUUCAGCAAUAUAAUGCAAAACUUUCUAAAAACAAUUCUAAAACCCUUCAUUUUGAGUGGUCAGGCCAGUCCUAGAGUCCCUGUGAAUGGCAACAAGCAAAUAUAAAACUCAUAAAAUUGCAUUGUAAGGGGGAAUAGUAACAUUCCAGAUUACAAAAUGAGUUUUCUGCGAUCAGAAUGUGAGGUAUUCCAGGCAUGUUCUUCCCCUUGCUCUGUAUCUGGAAUGGGAGGGUGUAGUCAAGGGUGAUAAGUCAUCUAUUUUUCUUUCCUCCCUUCAGAUCUGCAAGAGCAAAGCUAAAGAAUCACAGCAGUAUUACCACAGCCUGGCCAUCCGCCAGAGCUUGGCCAUCCACUUCAACAUCCAGCAGGACUGUGGCCAUUUCCUAGCUGAUGUGCCUGUUCGUCUGCUUCCGUGGGAAGAUCUCCAUUCACCAGAAGAGGAUGAGGAAGAGCAGGAAGAUGACAAGCAGAAGAACACCGUGGACGUUUCACAGAAAGACAGCUCAAAUCUGCCAGGAGCCACAAGCAAGCAGCGCAGCAGAGUUGUAGUCAUCACUCGAGAAGUUCCCUACCUAACUGUGGCAGAUUUUGUGCUGGAGUCUUCAGACUGCCAUGCCAGCAGCCCAGACUUGUAUGAAAGGCAGGUAUGCCUCCUCCUCUUACAGUUGUGCUCUGGUCUAGAACACCUGAAACCGUAUCACAUCACUCAUUGUGAUCUGCGUUUGGAGAACCUUUUGCUGGUGGACUAUAGGGCAGGGGGAAGCCUUCUGAACAAUGAGAGCGUGGAGCCCUCUCCCAGUGCUGCUUGCCCUGCCAGGCUUAUAGUGAGCAAUUUCUCUCAAGCAAAACAAAAGAGCCAUCUGGUGGACCCUGAAGUCCUAAGAGACCAGUCCCGCCUUGCCCCAGAGAUCAUCACAGCAACACAGUAUAAGAAAUGUGAUGAGUUCCAAACCGGCAUCCUCAUCUAUGAAAUGUUACACCUGCGCAAUCCCUUUGAUGAAAAUCCAGAGCUGAAGGAAAAAGAGUAUACUUGUGCUGACCUGCCCAGUAUCCCUUGUCGUUCCCUUUAUUCCCUGGGGCUUCAGCAGCUUGCUAACUGCCUGCUAAACCCUAAUCCAUCGGAGAGAAUCCUUAUAUCUGAGGCCAAGGGAGUCCUUCAGUGUUUGCUGUGGGGGCCCCGGGAUGAUUUGUUUCAGACUCUCAAUGCCUCUUCCAGACCAGCACAAAGAGAUACUGUGCUCCAAAACUGGCUGGACAUCAAACGGACGCUGAUGAUGAUCAAGUUUGCAGAGAAGUCUUUGGACAGGGAAUGCAAAGUCAGCCUCGAAGACUGGCUUUGUUGCCAGUAUCUGGCUUUUGCCACUACAGACUCCCUCAGCCGCAUAGUGAAAAUCAUGCAGCAACAUUAGUUUGUAGCCACUGCUUUCACUUGGAUGCACCACAAUCCUCUCUUCAUCCCCAGCCUCAUCUAUGUGUGCAAGUUUUAAAAUUAUAACCUAGAACUCAAGGUCACCAAUAGUGAGCAAACUGAUCUUGCCAGGAAGCUCUGUUUCCUGUCGUAGGUGCCAGGGAGAGGUCUGAAGCCUAGUUUAGCUGGUGGUUUGUUUGGACAAGGAGGUGUGUAAAUUUAUUAAGGAAACCACUAUUUAUUACAUUGCUGUUUGGAGGCGUAAGAGUGUGGAGUGAGUGCUGCAAAUGGCAGCAUCCAGUAAUAACUGCAAACAGAAUUGAGUCAGCUGUGAAUGAGCCACCAGAAUGCACACCACUCUUCACAAAGACAUGGCCUCUGCUCCAUGCCUUUGUCAUCCUGGCCCCAUCUCAGGGGUGACUUGGCCAUAUCAGUCAUACUUCCUGCAGGUGCAGUCUUUUAUUUGAUUGUUCCUUCCCCAUGAGACAACCCUGGACCACAACAGGCGGCCACUGAGUGACUUACUGUCAGCUGCAGACUGAACAAGUUUCUUUGUUUCUUUUAUUCUUGCUGGGGUCAACGGACACAUUACAUGGAAAGCCCCAAUAUUUGUGGUGUGUUUUUAAAAAAUAAAAACACAACCUAGUGAUUUUGAGUGGAAGUGUGGCAGGAAAGAUGGGCUCAUCCCUUCUCCUUACAGGUCAUUUUCCCAUUCAGAUUUCUUGCCUGCACUGCUUCCCCUCACCCCACAGAGUUCCAGGUGCAAGUUUACCCUUCUUGUGUGUUGCUUUUUCGUGCCUUUGUCGUCUUAACUCUGAUGUAUCAAUCUAGAAUAUUUCCAAUAGCAGCAGCAGAUGUGUUUUUCUCUUUUUGCCAGCACAUUUGACACAGUAGUUCUGCUAGAGAUUAUUGAUGGUCUGUUAAUUAUAAUGUUAACAGAGCAAUGCCAAGAGCAAAGGGACGGUUUGAAGCAAAUACGAGCAGCUAUUCCCCUUCUGCUAUCUGGCUGGUGUUUUACCCCAAAACCAAGGGUAAAAAUGCCAGGCUUCCAUGUCUUCUUUGCAAAGCAACAAGGAAGCAGGGUAUUAAAGUUGCUCAAAGCUCAUCUUUAUGUAACAAAUAAGCUAUGUAAAUAGAGAUGAGUUUUCUACAGGUGUGGUUCUCUUGGGGGCAAAAGAUGUUGUGCAGCUAUCACAAAACAGUUACGUUUAGCAGUUUUAGUUUAUGUAGAAUCUGGCUAUCCAAUUGCUGUCAGUAUCUAGUUUUUGGACAUUUUAGCUGUUUAAUUAUCAUUGGCUCAGAGGGAAUUGCUGCCUACUAAGUCCAGUGGCCUGUAAAAAUGUUUGCGCUCCUUCCCUGACACACUGGCCUUUUCCUGUGGAUCCAUUACAGUACAGUCCUGCUGCGCCUGAUCUCUCUGCUCAGUAUUGGUUGGACUUGUUUGAGUAGCUCUGAACUGAUGGAACUGCAGCCCAGUAUUUAAUUCCCACAGUUGGGGGUGGUUUUUGAAAUAUGGACAGCUCUUGUGUUGAGCCCAUGCUGCUGCUGCUCCUCCUCCUAUGGAUAUAUGUGCAAUUUUUUGAUGUAUUAUAUGAGAAAGCUGUGUUAGUGUUUACGUUGCUUAACAGACUUAACCAUAUGUUAGAUCUUCCCCCUUUCCUUUUCACGGCACAUAGAUGCACAAACUUAUGUGUCAUCUUUCUCCAGAUUGAUGUUUCCUUUCUUUAUUGUUAAACUGUGACUAACCUGUUUACUUCAGCCUUAGAGACAAAUAGCCACUUUGAACAGUUCUUGCAUGUUUGGACCAGAAACUGAAAAGCAGACCUGCAGAAAUUAUGUCAGCAAAGUCAGCUCUGUGGUCUUGGAGCAGGGUGUGGAUUUCUCACUGAUGCCAACCCUGUAGUUCAUGAAAAUCUGACCCCAGCAUAAAAUAUGUGGUGGCCUCUUUAAAUGCUUUGAAUCUUCUUGCUUCAGUACUUAUUGAUUAUCAGAAAAAGACCAGGCAAAGCUAAGAAGUGUGUGAAUGUGUCCUGUAUUGCUUUAAAAUAAAAGUGCAAAAUUUGUAGGCAGGCAGCUGUCCUGGCACACAAAAGGCCCCUCCAGACUGGGUGGUGUGAGGGGAAUGGCGAGUGUAUUCUGCAGCAUGUCACUGACACAAUAAUAGUGCAUUAGUGGUAGAAUUAUUCUGCACUGUCCACACCUCAUUCCACUUUAAUGGCUGUUCUGCAAUGAUUCCCUGUUAUUGCACGAUUGCCACCUGGAAGGGCACUCUUGUACGAUAGCACAACAAAAGCCAGACAAAAAAUAAACAUGAACAUCCAUGGUGUAAAAGGUUACAGGAUUUCAGCAAGAGGUUGCGGGCUAUGCACUGAUUGGAAAUGAAGCAGUGCUGACCACAAAAUGUUUGCAAACAGUAUUGAAAGUGGGGUUUUGCAUAACCACCACAAUUUCAUCAUGAGCACAGAUCAUGGAGGCACAGUCAAAAGGACACCUGGAAGGCCAAAGAGCCAAAUGUAAUGUAAUGCAGCCCAGAAUGUAAGAGGUGGUUUUGCUCCACGAAGCCCCCUGAAUGGGGCGUUUGGUACAGACCUCUGGCCAGAUUCUUUGGAGAGUCUUGCACAAAUAUCCCAUGCAGCCCUAUAUCACACAGGUAAUUGUGUGAUUGCUUGACACAAUGCUUGCCUGUAUGAGUCCACGUUGCUCACAGCUAUGCACUGGAAAGGUAGAGAACACCUCCUUCCCAAGUUUUAUAUAUGCUUCUAGCUGAUAUCUGUGUCCACAUAAGUUCUCACUUAACCAGCAUGCUCAUCCUAGUGGAACAUGGACUACUGACCAUUGCAGCAGGGCACAUUCCUUUAGACCACUGCUCUACUUUUGUGCAGAGAGAUACGUGCUUUGUGUCAGUUUCAUGUGGAUGUGCAGAGUAGACUAUUGAAUGUUACAUGACCUUGUGUGUUUUAUGCGGCAGAUCCCAAAAUUUUGUAUCUUGUCUUUUAGUAGCUUUGUGAUUUCAUUUUGCAUUUUGAUAGCAGAUUUCAACCAGUAUUAGCAUUGUGUACUCUAGGUGAGCAUGGGGUAUACACUCACUGCCGUCUCCUUAUUUUGUAGCACUGAGUAAAUUUGGUAAUGAAGGAUGGUAAUAGGAAUUCUGUGUAAGAGAGGGUUCAUGAGGGAGAGAGAGGUACAACCAGGCAAGCAUUUCCAUUCUUGGUAGUGCCUGGAGCUACCUUUGCAAGCAUCCUAUCGAAGUCUCAUUGAUUUGUUGAGAGUUUGCCAUUUAAGAGUUGGGCCCAAACCAAGCAGAUUUCAAACCAAGACACUAGAACAAAAUAUUGUUACAGCACAGCAUUUAAACAAAAGCCCUUGUGGCCCUCACAGUUCGCUUCUGCAAGCAUCAAGAAUGAAACCUUAAAUACACAGGCACAUAUUUGUAGGGUUUGCAUUUUAGAGCCUUUUGAGUUGCGCUCACCACAAUUCAUAGGAUUGUGAUUCUCAAAAUAGCCAUAUUGACCAUAAAUGUAUAUAUUUACUUAUUGUAAAUAUAUAUACAUUUAGAAAGCUGACACUCAGGCUUAUUUUAGCACAAUAAACCUAACCACAAAAAAGUUCUGGGAAAUUAAUUGUGGGUUAAAAGAAUUUGAAUGUGUACUUCUCAGAGCUUUUGGUGUCAUUAAUCUCUUCUGGGAUGGCAACCGGAGUCAAUGAUUAAUUACACUAACAACAGUGCCUUGUCACAAAAUUAAAGCUAACAAGGAGAGAAUUUUGCAGUGGGAAUCGCCCACUGCUACCUACCAGCUUAAAAAAACAAUAUUGCCCAUAUUUUGAAGGGGGUGGAGUCUAAGAAAGCUUAGUUGGCAAUUCAACCAGAAGGGAACUCUAUCUGGUGGCUUGGAUUCAGACUCGUUUGAUACUAUUGAAAAACCAAGCUAAAAGUCAAACAUAUUAUUCAAAUAUGCAACUUGUAUAGGGUAUUUAAAAAAGAACCUUUUGAAAUAGCUGCUUAGACAAUGUGGAACUGGAAAACCUGUUGCUCUGACAAUCUUUUUCAGACUCCAGCAACAAAAUUGUACACAUAAACCACCUGCAACUCCUGUUACAAAAUCUAAUAUUAGUUAGUAAUAUCAAGGAAGACUAUACCCAACCUGUCCGUUAGUGUGGAACUCGGAGCACAUGGAAAACGAGAAAGGGGAAAGUGGCAGACUUCUUACAGGACCAUCCUGCAUGUUGAAUUUGGCUAGAAAAGAAACAGAAAUGUUGCUAAGGGAACUGGUAUAACAGGAGCUAAAUGGGACAGUACCUAAGUUUACAACUUACUCCCUCUCUCCUUUCUGCAAAUUCAAGCCAGGAAGCACCGUGAUACAUUGUUCCCUUUUGAACUCUGUUUUACAACUAUUUGAAUAGGAUCUGGUCAACUAUCCAAUAAAGUUAAGAGGAAUUCUGCCUUUGGGACAGGUUUUUAUUAGGGAACACCUAGAACCCAUCAAAGCAUCCUCAAACUUUUCACUUGUUGUUACCAUUUUAUGUUCUUGUAUUUUAUACUACCCUUCAACCAAAAUUUUCAGUAAAUUAAACAUAAACCCAACAAUAAAAUUAUUAAUUAUUAUUUAAUUAAAAUGGAGCUGGUAUUGUAUUGUUUUUUACCUGUAAUCCUUGGGUGAAGGGCAGUAUAGAAAUUUAGUUAAUAAUUGAAUUACAAAGUCUAUUCAAUGCAGAAGUGAAGUGAACAGGAACUGACUAACCACCUAUUUGGUCCUCAAAAGCCAGACAAAACAGGUGUCUUUAGCAGGUGUCAGAAAGCCAUCAGAGAGGGAGAUCAAUGUACCUCUAAUGGGAGGGAGUGCCCACAUUCCACUGAUAAGGGCUCAAUGUUCCUGUUUCGUGAAUAUGUAUUCUCCUGUUUUGUACAUUAAUUGAAUCCCAAACCACCAAAGUAGGAAUCGGAAGUACCCCAUAAAUGAGAUUCUUCAUGGAGAGAGAACUGAGGUAACAUAUAAGAUGGAUUAAGGAACACCAGGCAGCCUUCCGAUGUAGCUUUGAUCCAGUCUGGCCCCUCUUACAUUACCAACUAGGUUUGGUUUAGUAUGCUGUCCAAGCCCGGGAUUAUGGUUAAGGUCUCGCCUUAAAACCACACUCUGUAGCCAAGGUUUGCCCUGUGGUGACAGUUUGUGGCGAAGGAUGAUAACACAUGAUUCCAAGUUUGGAAAAUGCACUAAGCCAAACUUUCAUUGAACUCAAGACCCCAGGGGGGAAACAAGUGGGUGCAAGCGUCGCUCUAGGAGCCACAUGUUUGCAAGUCAUUCUCUGGCUUACCGUGAGGUGUGACCCAGGCCACAGUCCCCAAGUACGCCUUUCGCCUUCUUCCAUAUAAAUGAAUGGUUGUCAUUUAAUCGGGGCAGGAAGGAAAGAGUUGCACUUGUGUGUGACCUCCAUGCUUGGUUUGUAACAGAAACCCCUCCCUGCGCUGGUUGGGUGUGGGAUCCCUCCAUAGCUUGGAAGUACUUGGAACCUUAGUCUUACCUGUGUGACAAGUCUUUGGUGCUGCACUGAACUGCUCAUCUUUUGUUCACAAAUAAAUACAGCUCCUGAAGUUUUACUGACUCUUGCUGCUUCAUAGUAUUCAGACUUAAACAAGGAGCACCCUUCACAAACCCCAGGGAAUGCUCAGGCAGUUGGUGACAAUACUGCAGCGGAGGCAAAGGACCCUGCAGAAUUGCACUGUGGGGUUUUGUUGCCAUUUACAAGCUUAGACAUGCAGCCCUAGGUCCAUCAUCAUGACAAGCAUUUUGAAAGCUAUUCAUCCAAUCCAAAUCAAUUUUACAAAGGGCAUAUUGAAGAAUAUUCACUCUGUAAAAUUGCUGCAACUGCUAAAGUAGCCCUUUCCAGCUGUUUUGGGAAUUCUGAUGAGAGGAAUGCGUAAUUUGAAAAUGACAGCCAACAAAAUAGAAAGGGCCUAGAUGCACAGUGCCAGCCCUGCACUGAGUUAACGGCACCUAACUAUUGGUUUCAGUGGGUUUGGCUCCCCUUAACUGCAGCCUUUAUACUUGGGAGAUCAAUUGAAAGCACUCAACUCCCGAGAAAACCUCUACAGAAGUUGCUACACCUUCCUAUUUCUUGUGGGAAAGCUCUUGGCUGUAAAGCAGACAAUUGAGCCUAGAAGGGAGGGGAAAACAGAUGGUAGUCCACAAAAUUGCCCACUCACUUGUAUGGAAGUGCUUCCCUUUACUCCCACCAAUACCUUGCUUCCAACUCCUUGAUUAUCCCUUUAAUUCAGAAAAGAUUGAAAUAUUUUUUAACAAGGAAGAAAUGCAUCUAUCCAUAUUUUUAUAAAUGAAUUUUACUAACUACAAGAACAACCCACUUUGCCCUUUUGUUUUUCUGUGCCCUGUCUAUAUAUUAUAUACAUAGCUUAUAUGCACACAAUGUGCUUGAAUUUUUUUAAAAAAAAAUUUCUUCAAAAUACCAUUUUCAGGAUACAAGUAGUUAACCUGAACUUGCUCAGGCUUAGGAAGUUUUAUAGCUUUUGCCCUGAGGGAUAUUUUCUUUUAAAUUGAAUUAUGCAGAGCAUGUAAAAUAUUAAAGAACAAUCCCUAUGUUUUUAUUAAAAAGCUAAUUUUUAAAAAAUAAAAAGUUCUACACAAAGGCAGUGGUAUUUCUUUGCAAAUGCCUCCAGGUGGGAAAUAAUCUUCUCUGUUGAAAGACUCCAUUCUCCUCGGUAAUCUGUGUUUGGAGUUCACAGAAUCGCUGUAUCCGUUGUUUCAUAUCUAUAUUUACACAUUUUUAUAGAUAUAACUCCUAGGCUACCUUUGUGAUCAGAGGGCAAUAACACUCUGGUUUGCUGUGGUACUUUGCUGUAUACUCUGUGGCAUACAUGUUACUGUGUAAAUAAACUAGUUUUAUUACACUGAGAA